AUGUCGGAGAAGCCUGUAGUACACAGAAUGACCGGUAGGGGUCAGUGUGUAGGCGCAAAUGCAGUGGUUCGUUGAUUUGUACAUGAAAUGUGAUAAUGUCUAAGAAGCCUGUAGUCCACCGAAAGACCAGUAGGGGUCAGUGUGUAGGUGUAAAUGCAGUGGUUUAUUGGUUUGUACAUGAAAAUGCAAACAACGCCUAAGAAGCCUGUAGUACAUCGAAUGACCAAUAGGGGUCAGUGUGUAGGUGAAAAAUGCGGUGGUUCGUUGGUUUGUACAUGAAAUGCAAUAAUGUCUGAGAAGUCUGUAGUACACCGAAUGACCGGUAGGGGUCAGUGUGUAGGCAAAGAUGCAGUGGUUCGUUGGUUUGUACAUGAAAUGCGAUAAUGUCUAAGAAGUCUGUAGUACACCCAAAGACCAGUAGGGGGUUUAAACGAAUGAUAUGCAUGAACAUGCAAUGGUUUUAGAACAGACUUAGACAAAAUGCAGCAGUAAAGUGAGGAUCUGACCCUUGCAUGGUGCCGUGGGACUGAUGCCUGGCGUAAUGGGUAGGUCAACUUACGGUUUGUGAGUCACUUGGACACCAUCCACAGCGAUAGAUUGAAGAAAGAAGGUGGUAGGCCGGAAAAGCCUGUGGCUGAAUUCCUGACACAGCUCAGCUUAGAAAACCUCAUGGAGUAAUCAGGUAAAAUGGUGUCUGGAUGACCCGGAAGUGGAAAUCAUUCUGAUGCUGACCUCAAGCGAUAUGAGUCAGGUAAGGGGUGUCCCUUAUAUAGGGGAGUGAAUUAAUUUAAGCCCCUCCCACAAAUACAGGCAAACUGCCUUAAUACAUAUAUAUAUAUAUAUAUAUAUAUAUAUAUAUGUAUAUAUAUAUAUAUAUAUAUAUAUGUGUAUAUAUAUAUAUAUAUAUAUAUGUGCAUAUAUAUAUAUAUAUAUAUAUGUGCAUAUAUAUGUGUAUAUAUGUGUGUAUAUUAGUUAAUACAUUGCUAAACACAAAUACACACACCAGUCAAGCCAUAAGACUUGCUUUUCCCACAGAAAUCUCACUUUAACAGUGCUCACUACUGCAAGGGAUUCUGGGUAGGUGUAUGCAAAUGAGCUCAACAAAGAACCAAAUUUUUGCCUCGUAAGAGGAGCAAAGCCAGUAACAAACCUCUUGUUGAUGAGUUGCAUUAACAACGAAACUGCUGUCCAUGAGUGGUUCACUCGCUUUGCUCCUCUUCCUGAGUUGUUCCAAAGUUGUUAUAUACAGCAGACACAUUCUCCAAGGAAUGCAUGGAUAAAGUGGAAUUAUGAGGCAAAAAUGUGGUUCUUUGUUGAGCUCAUUUGUAUACGCCUACCCAGAAUCCCUUGCAGUAGUGAGCACCGUUAAAGUGAGAUUUCUGUGAGAAAAGCAAGUCUUAUAGCUUGACUGGUGUGUGUAUUUGUGUUUAGCAAUAUAUUAACUAUCCACUUCAGGUGGAAGGGGUUUUCAUCCACACUUCCCCUCCCUCUGCCCCUCCCCUCCCCCACCACCACCACAACUCUGUUGGUAUGUAUUAUAUAUUGGUCUACUAGGUAUGCCUGACAAAAACGGUCCUUAAGUACAGUGGAUGUCUGUGGCAAAUAAUUACUUACUCGAUUGCCAGCGCGUUCAUAAGGACUGUUUUUGUCAGGUUGUACCUAGUACGUCCACAGUCCUUAAGGAGUUAAUAUUAAUUUUUUUUUUUAGUGUUUUUGAAAUUUUUUUGUGUAUAUAUUUAUAUAGUCAUACCAAAUGUAUUUUUAUAAUAUAUGCAUAUAUUAAUAUAAAAUACACUUAGAAUUACAUAUAUAAUGUGUGUGUGUAUAUAUAUAUAUAUAUAUAUAUAUAUAUAUAUAUAUAUAUAUAUAUAUAUAUAUAUAUGUAUAUUAUAAAAUAUAAGUAAUGUAUGUAAUUUUAUCCUAACUGUAUUUUGAGAGAUAUAUAUCAAAAUACACGUAGAAUGAAAUUAUAUAUGUAUAUAAAUAAAAUAGGAAAUAUAUAUCCAUAUACAUAUUUACAUAAAUAAUUUCAUAAAUGUAGACGUCAAAUAUAUAAAUACGUAUAUAUUUAAAUUCUAUAUGCAUAUUUUUGUAAUAUUUUUACAUCAUUCAAUUUUAUUGAUUGCAAUUUGGACAACCCCGGCAGAAAGUCCAGAUAAUUUUAUUUGCCAGCACUGUAUUCAACCCUGUAACUUUCCAUGACACACUAAAACCUGUACAUUGGGGGUACUCUUUUACUUGGUAGACUUCGCUGAGCACAAUGUUUAGUGUUUCAAAACGGUAAAACCUAUCACAGCGAUGAUAUUGUCAGUGAAAGUGAUGUGUUUUUUUGCAUUUUUCACACACAAACUGCACUUUCACUGAUAUUGUUGUGAUAAGUUUUACUGUUUUGAAACGCUAAUAUUUGUGUUCAGCAAAGUCUCCCGACUAUAACAGUACCCCCCAUGUAUAGGUUUUAGUGUUUCUGAAAGUUACAGGGUCAAAUAGAAGGCUUUAUUUUGUUUUUUUUACAUUGAAAUUUGCCAGAUUGGUUACGUUGUCUUUGAGAGCAUAUGGUAGCCCAGGAAUGAGAAUUACCCCCAUGAUGGCAUAUCAUUUGCAAAAGAAGACAACCCAAGGUAUUGCAAAUGGGGUAUAUUCAGUCUUUUUUUUUUUUUUUUUUUUUUUUUUUUUUUUGUAUUUUUAACACACAAACAAGUGUAAAUGCUUACUUUGGCCAGUGUUUGUGACUACUAAAAAAAACUGGACACCCCCCAUAUUGAAUACCCUGGGUUGUCUACUUUUAAAAAAUAUGUACAAUAUGUACAUGUGAGGUGUGAUUCCGAGAUUUGACAGUUAACAGUGUUACAAUGUCACUACUGAUAAAUUUUAAAAAUAUAUAUUUUGAAACUGCAAUGUCCUACUUGUACUUAUAGCCCUAUAACAUUCCUAAAAAAAGCAAUGGGUAUUUCUAAACAAAAUGUAGAAACUAUUUAGCACAAGUGUUUUUUUGGCUGUUGUAGAUGCAUAACAGAUUUUGGGGGUCAAAGUUAGAAAAAGUAUGGGGUUUUUGUUUUUUUUCAUCAUAUUUUAUAAAAAAUAUUUUUAUAGUAAACUAUGAUAUGAUGAAAAUAAUGGUAUCUUUAGAAAGACCAUUUAAUGGUGAGAGAAACUGUGUAUGUGUGGGUACAGUAAAUGAGUAAGUGGGAAAUUACAGCUAAACACAAACACCGCAGAAAUGUAAAAAGAGCCCUGGUCCUUAACGGUAAGAAAAUUGAAAACGGUCUGGUCACUAAGGGGUUAAAACACUGCUUUUGGUUGUAGUAACCCUUUAAGGAAUAGGAAGGUGCAUGUUAUUACCUAAGCAUCUGAGAGCUGAGGUUUUGCUGGAAAUCUAGAUGUUUGUUAAAGGAAUACUAUAAGUGCCAGGAAUACAAAGCUGAAUUCCUGGCACUAUAACCACUAUAGAUAGCUGACGUUGGAUGUUGUUGUGCUAAGCGUGAUGUUGUCUAGCAUUGUUUGGUGGACCAAAAGUCCGCUAAGGACCUGGACACUCCUCUAGUUGCUGUCAAUGAGAUGAAGAGGUCUGAGUGCCUAUACUGUCCCUUUAAGGAAUGAGCCAUAAAAAUAUUAGUUUUCAUAUUGCUUAGAAUAUGCGAACAGAUUUCAACAAACUUUCUAGCAAACACAUUGUCUGUGCAAAGUAACUGUCAGGCAGAAUGAGAUGUGUCCAUGAGAUCCACAAAGAGCUGUGUAAUGCUUUCACACACACCUACACGUCAAGGUUUGUUUCUCGGUCUGUUCUUGCUGAGAAACGGGCAGGUGUAUCUACUAUAACUAGCUCUAGUUCGUUUUAAGUGGAUCUGUUUCCUGUAAGAUUUUCUUUUCUCAUUAAGUUUAGUUGCAGAAAUUGCCUCCAGUUUUUAUUUAAUAUUUUUUCCUCAAGUUGUGUAAUAGUUGAGAUAUUAGUUCAUUGGGAGCUAUUGUUCAGCAGCAGCAUCCUGCAGCCCAUCAAAGGGUCACAAUAAAUGGAAGGGAAGAAAAUCAGUCUUACAGAUUUGAUGCACCUAAUAAGCUGAGCCUUUGGUAAGGUGACACUCCACUGCUCAUAUACAAACUUGAGUAUAUUUGCCACUAUAGAAAACACACAUUCAUUUUUGAGCGUAUAUCCAAAAACAGUUUCUAAACUCUGCAGAAUUCUUGUCUAUAACAGCAUUUGCAAGCCCCCCCUUCUAACCCUCCCCCCAGACAUGCUGUGGCUGUCCAAUCACAGACUUCCCAAUGCAGCUCAAUGAGAAGUCUUUGCAAGGCAGGUGUUCUGGGUAGUUACUUCCUGGUUGUUUAACUCAGUAGGGCUAAACUCAAGAGGCAGCAACAGGACUGGUUAUCAGACAGCCAGGGGGAUUUAACAAAGUUAAUUUAUAGAAGUGCCAAUUUCUAUUGAAAUCUGCACUUUUGUAAAAUUAAAAAAUACGGCCUAGCAGCAGAAGCGAGCGUUCGCAUAGCUCCGGAUAACAAAGCCUUUCUAAGCCUGUUCCUCACUACGAAUCCUGUCGAAACAGGGUGCUCAGGGCUCCCGUGGACCCGAUGGGGCGGAAAACAAAAAAAGAAACCAGAGAAGCCCAGGUUUGGGGCGACAAUAGGGGAUUUGUGGCGGCAGGCCCAAGACGCACGCGGACCUAAAAUGGCGUCCCUCGGGGAUGAGUGCUUCGACUUCUCUGACGACCUGUCAUACGAACAGGUAGAGAGCACUUUCCCCGCUCCAAUCCAGCAGCCAAAGCCUCACACAGCGUCCUCACAAACAGGUACAGAUGCAGAUACUGCCCCGGUCACCACUGCAGUCCUAAAAGACCUGUUGGCAGACCUACAUAGGAAGAUCUCUGCAGAUAUGACAGCACUGAGGUGAGACCUGCAGGGUUUAACUGGCAGGAUAAGCAAAUUAGAACUCACCUCCACCAAGGGCACCCAGCAGAUAGAAUCACUACAGCAAGCAGUCAAGGUGCUGCAACAACAGAACCUAAAUCAUGAACACCGCUUCGCUGCCCACAAGGAUGCCAGGCACCGAAACAAUCUUAAAAUACGAGGAGUCUCAGACAACCUACCUGAAACCGAAUUGACGCACUUCGCGAGGCGCCUACUCUUGACCCUGCUGACGCCGAAAACCACCAAAACAGUAAUAUUCACAAACCUGUUCAGAGUACCCCGGCCAACCAGAGCAUCAACCACUGCCUCUAGGGAUGUUCUACUCCAAUUCCCAAAUGGCACAGACAAAAACGCGGUGCUGGCCGCCACGAAGGGGCAGACCCAAUAUCAUUUUGAAGGGAUGGACUUGACACUCUUCACAGAUCUCUCGGCGAACACCCUAGCAUGGAGACGCACCUUCAGUCCACUCACUACUCUCUUGUGACAACACACCAUUCAAUACAGGUGGCGACCCUCCCGAGCUGUAUCAGUCCCCCACGGAGACAAGACGCUCACGAUCCACAUGGCAGCAAGACUCUCCUCCAGAAAUUGUGACUCCCUACUGCAGCACUGACCCAAGGAGAACAGAGCAUAGAGCCCAGGAAAAGUCACACGUGGAACCCGGCAGGGGCCCCCACAUUUGUCCUAAGAACAUCUACACCGGACUCAUACGCUCUAGCCACAACCUGCAGGACUGACCCCAAAGGAGACAACCUACUGCAUAUCUUUCAGUGCACACCACUAGAUGAGUAUACUACACCUAGUAACAUGGGCACAGCCGCUACAGUAUAAUAGACAUGACCCCCCACCCCAGGCCACCAACAGAAUACUGGGAGACACAUCCCCCCCCCCCCAUCAAGAAACUACCAUGUGAAGGAAAUAUACCACGGGCGCACAACACAUACACACCAGGGCCCCACAACGAACUCUGUCACUAACUAUGUCCUUUCAGUCACCACACAAGUUUGCUGUGUCCAUGAGCGUACACACCCUCUCUGCAGCACGCAACACACAAGCCACCAGGGCAAAACAACGCCACACAUGGGACAUACACUAGCUGUGAAUCUCAACCGGUUCUUAAGUUCAAUAAGCACAUCGGGCAGACCUCUAGGGUAUCCUGCCACGGUUCACCUCUGUGCCAGAUAAUGGGACCCCAAUCUAAGCAAACCAAUCUAGCAUUAGCCUACCUCUAUGGGCUCUUAAGCUAGCCCAUCCUAAGACGCACAUUGCAUUCACCGACCGACUUGAGCCUACCCUUAUAGAACGAAGUAGAAUGGGUUACCGCUUGCAUACUAACACAAUGAUGCUGCAACUAUUACUACUACACGUUUCAUGUUUGCUAUAUGUCUUUAAUACUAUUUGAAUACUCUUCUCACAGACGUAUAAGAUGUUGCCGCAUUCAUUAUUGCUCUACCGAAUAACCCAUCCUAAAUUGUUAGCCUACAAUAUCUAUUAAUUGCUUUUUGAUCUGGAAAUGUUUAAUUAGCCUGUUACUUACUACUACAAAAAUGUGCAGUACUACCACUUGCCAUGUACAAGUCUCUUGUUAUUGCGUUUGUGGCUGCUGUUGUGGCAAUGCAAACGCCAAUGUAUCACAAAAUGCACAACAAAAAUAAGGAAUUAAAAAAAAAAAAAAACUCUUUACACAUAAGUGUUUGGAGUGUCCCUUUAUGUAUUUCAAAUUCUUUCUGAAACAUUCAGAUCUUUGCAUUUUUUUUUUUUUUGGCUAACCUAAGACUGCACAUGCGAUACUUAUUUGUUGCACUCGAAGUUGCGAUCUGAAAAGAAAACAUACAUGUAAAAUGUGUAACCAGGACUGUGUUCAGUAAAUAGGAACACUUGGAAGGUGUGCCUUACAGCACAUGUAAUAGUACUUACAGAUAUCUGUUCUGGUUGAGAGAAUGCUAUGCCUUACUGAAGUAUAUGUAAAUUAAUUUAGUAUUUUCUAUAUGUAGAUUAAUGGUAUUUCAGUCUGUUUCACCAGAACCUCAGUGAGUUUGUUUAUACUGUCUAAUCUAGUUUAUUUUAGGUUCCUAUGUUUAGGAUGCUGAAUACCUAGAUUUGAAAAGUUACCAAGCAUCUUGGGUUAUAUAGUUCAAGAACUAAUAGGGUGCUAGGGGAAGCCAUCACUGAAGGAUGUUUAAUGUGUUUAACACCAUCAGUGUUUUCAGAUUUUCGCUGUGCACACCUGUUACUUUCUCGAGUCAUUUCAAGAUCUCGGUGCUCAUGAUUGUCGGAAAGGCUCAUGUUAUUCAGAUGAGAUCUCUGCAUGCUAACACAGACAGUUGGUACUGAAUGUUAACUGUGCCUUGUCAAAACAAUGACUCAAAUUGCUAGGCUUUUUUUUUUUUUAUUAUUAUUAAUGCAUGUAUUUUGAGAUUCUGCUUGUUGUAAGCUAUUAAUAGAGCUGUGCUUUUAGUUUUAUCUAUUUCUAAGAAAUCUAAUACUAUUGGUUAGUUGUGUAGAAUAGUGUGAAGAUUUGUUUAACCCCUUAAGGACCAAACUUCUGGAAUAAAAGGGAAUCAUGACAUGACACACAUCAUGUGUCCUUAAGGGGUUAAACUUCUGCAGGUUUCGUGACGUGGCAAGCCACAAUCAUGAAUCCUAUAUAAAUAUUUUUCUAUGGGCACUUCUUAUCUUAAAUUAUUAGGUCUGUGGAAUAUUUAACCAAGAUUAUUUAUAUUGCAAGUAAGCGAUUAGUCCUUAUAAAUAUUAGAAUGGUCAAUGAUGUCAUGUUGACCUGCUGUCUGCUUCAUUUCAGUUGUCUAUCUGGAGCAGAGAUCCAUUAGCGAGUUUUCUAUAAUGAACAUGGAUGUACACUUUACAUGAUUCCUUAUAAUAACAAAAAAUCUUGCUCUGAGAUAGAUGUUUCCUUUCUAAACCUGUCCAAAUUGGGACUAACCCUUUGUGGGCAGAGUUAGAGCAAAGCAUGGAGUUGCACAUCCCCUCCAUACACACGAUCUCUCAUGUCUAUCUUUGAUCGAUUUACAGAUAAGUAUUUAGAUACUUAUCAGAACAGAUAAGAAGCAAUCAAGAAAUCAUUGAUGUGCAAACUGUAAAUUUUAAUUCAAAGUGGCAAAAAUUGUAUAAACUGUUGAAAAUUACAAUUGUAUACCUAGCCCUCCCCCAUUUUCAGGGCUCAUCAAUAAACAUUAUUGACCCAGUUCCUUUGGCAGAGAUACUAGCCCAUGCCAUGGCAUUGACUCUACCAUGCUUCACGUUGCAAACAUAUCCAUGUGAUAUGUUUCAGAUCACUCUGAUUAAGCCAAUGCAGCUUUGUUGGAAAAGCAACGUUUUGACUCCAGCCAUCACAAGUUACAAAUCACCCAAACCAUAGAUAUAAUAUCAUGCCAAAUACUACAGCCUGCUUUCAGAUAUGUCCCAGCAUUAAAAUCACAUCUUGUGCAAACCCCUAGUAACUGUUGAUUUUUGUUGCAUCUGUCCAAAGAUUAUUGUUCCAGAUCUUAGCAAGUUUGUUUUAUGUUUAAAUGAUGAUCAAAUUUGGCUUUCCUAUUCCUUGAGGUCUGAACUUUAAGCUCAAAUUAUUAUUACAUAACUUCUGCUCCAUUACCCCCACCCCUCAAACAGAUUGAAUCACUGUAACUUUAUCAAUGUUCAAAUGGUUGUGGCCCUAAUUGUAGAAACCAUCCUAAUUCACGGUUAUUGACGGGUAACCUAUUCUACGGACAGGUACUUUUUUAAAAUGUCAAACCUAACUGAUCACUGUACAGCCCAUUAAAAAGCCAAGCCGGCCGACCAUCUUUAUACUGCUAGAAUGUACGCCAUAAGUAUCCACAUCACGGGCAAGGUUACUGUGUAUUCCACAGAGUAAUGACAUUAAAAAGUUAAACUGUUCAAUAAGUGCAAAUAUUUAUAUUACUUUCUCUGCUUGAGGAGUAUGUGCAUUUCAGGGAGGUAUUGUAACAAUACAUUUUAGGGUUGUGUUUUGUGGUUUUCAGUUCUGUUUUGUUAUAGAAAUAUAUUCAUUGGUACUGUUAAAAUGGCAUUAGAGCAAAGCACACCUCCCAAGUGUCCCUAUUUAUUUUUGGCCCAAAUUCAUCCGUCCUUCUUUUCUAUCACCAUGCCCCUCAUUUCUAGGAGCUCCAUGUUGUUGGUGUGUCUGAGUGCACAACACAGCUACUGCAAUAAUACUUGCAGUAAUGUCUUUAAACUACAAUGAAUGUGUUUAGAAAUCAGUCAGUCACCUAAAAUUUCUCAGAACAGCAAAUAUCUUUAGUGCUAGGUAGAACUCAAGUUUUAGAACCUUUUUAGAUUCUAAAUGUACCUUCUGACUGCAGCACAGGUAUUUAAGUUGGGGGGGGGGUUUUUUGUUUUUUUUAAAUUAGUUUGAAAAUCCAGAUUGCAAUGUGUUGCAGAGUAUGACUUCUUAUAAUACAUUUUGCUCUGUAGUUUCUAAGUGAUUUCACUGUAGGGUUGAUAAAAUGCCUCGUGCUUUUAUACUUUGUUUGCUACAGAUGCUCGAUGUAACUAUACUUAGUAGCAUUUUUCCAGCAUACAUACAUUCUGGUAACUUUCUUAGGAAAGUAUGUCUAAAGGUUGGUUUGUACCAGCUUUUCAUCCUAUGUUUGAAAUGUAUUGCUAUUUAAAAAUAAAUAAAUAAACUGAACAAAACUUUUUUGUGAAGGGAUAAACUAUUUGGCUACAUAGAAGAACUGUUGCCGCUUUCCUUCCAAUGUGGAGCGGUUACUGGGAGAGAUGGCAUGUUGAAUCUCCAGUGUUCUGCACAUUUCACUUCUUUUCAUAUGUGAUUUCCACAAGUCAAACUCAUAUUUCUUUACUUCAGCUACACAUAACACAUUUAUUGUAUUGUACUCCACUGAGUAUCUUCAACUUUUUUGUUCAUGUUCAAUUUAUAAUUUGUCGUUUUUUUUCCCCCCCCUCUUUGUUGCACAGAUGCAAGAAUGAACAAUCCGUCAGAAACUAGUAAAACAUCUGAAACCGGGGAAGGAAAUACAGGUGAGGUGAUAGCAUUUGUUUUUAUGUAGAUUUAUUAUUUUACCCCAAAUUUGUUCCUAGUUUCAUCAGUAUGACUGAGGAACUAAAUAGUCACAGGCCCACCACUGACUUCAUACUGCACAACUCAAACCCAAAUUAAUAAGAAAGUUAUAUAAAUGAGAAGUUUGGUGGGUAAUAUGGAAUACCAAAGUUGUUGCCAAAACACAGUUGGUGUCCACUCUGAUCAGAUGUGCAGUGAACCCCAAGUGACCUGAUCAUUGUGAUUUUUUUUUUUUUUUUUUUGUAAUUUUUUUUUUUUCAAGGCUCUUUAGGUUUUUUAUUUUUUUUUAGGUCUACCACCUCAAUUGGUAUAUUUUUCUCAUUUAGUUGUAACGCAGUUUGAAAAUUGAUGAUUAUGGCCAGAUGCUGUGAAUUUAAUCAGCGACAGCUCUGAUAACAAGAAUCAUUCAAUGUUUGGUUACCAGAGCCUUGAUGAAGAAACUGCAGGUUGGAUCUGUCACAGAAAAAUUAAGGGAGUGCUGGUUAGCCAUGAGAUUAUAAAUUGGUUAAAUAAGCGAUUCACACAAAGUGUCUGCUUAACUUCAUAGUGGCUCCAUCCAACUAAGUGCCAGUCACACAAAAAUGAUGAUGUGUGCACGUGGCAUGUAGCUUGUAUGUAUUCUUAUGUGGCCCAGCGAUCAAAGUGUUGCUUUUCCAUGUGUUUAGAAAAAUAGAAUAAACACAUUAUGCUAAAUCGAAAAGGUAGGUACAUGUUAAUCUUGAGUUCUAGAGGGUUUACUUAGUAUGCAUGGUAAAAUUGGUCUACUGUAGACCGUAGGCAGCGUGCAGUAAACAAAAUUGCUAACAUAACAAAAAUAUUAACCAUAUUGGAUAGAGAAAUGUGGAGUGAAUUCAUGUAGGAAUUUGUUCAUUUAUAUUUGACGAUUGUCUUUCUGUCCUUGUAACCCUACCAGGACCUGGCUUAGGCAAGUCUUUAUUGUGUUUUCUGAAAUAUCAUGGAUUUUGAAGGAUUUAAAACAUUGUUUGUAUUGGGUGUGAGUGCUCUAAAUAAGAUGAGGUGGUUGGUAAGAACAGUUAGGCAGCAGCUUGCUCUUGCUUAGAAGUGUCUUGUGCUUGUCCAGAAGUGCUUUAUCAAGAAGACUAUAUCAAAGCAUCACAUUUGGGCAGAACAGUAACUUGUCCAUCCUCUGUACAGGCACGCAAACAAAUGGACUGGACUUUCAGAAGCAAGUUGUACCUGUGGGAGCAGCCAUCACAUCUGCACAAGCACAGGCCUUCCUCGGACACCUCCACCAGGUAAGCAAAGAACUUUCACCAUGUCCCUCAGCCAGGUCCUGACUACUCACCAAAUUAAAUUUCACUUGUGCAAUAAUAAAUCUCAAAACUUCACUGGCUGUGUGCACACUCAUAUCCACUUCUGGAAAAAAAAAUGAAUACAUUCUUAAGUUGUUUUGGCAUCUGUUAACGCCAAAUGUAGUGGGUGCUUUCUUACUGAAAGCCCGCCCAGCAUUAAUCUACAGUACAUUUACCAUCUGAGAACCUUGCAUAUAUCUAAUGUCUUGACAGUGCCUUUAGUUUGGUAAAUAAGGAGUUAUAAUUCUAAUACUAUGGGAUAGGUACCUUUCAGGCACGUGCGGUUUACCAUAAUGUAGUAAGAUCAAGUCCUCAAAUCGAACAUUUAAAUCUUAUGACAUCAACCACAAAAACACUUGUUUCAUAUCCUGUUAAUGCUUUCAAUCUAUAAACUUACCGUUAUAAACCCAGCAUGUGGUGUCCACCCGUCUGGCAACAAGUGAACUCUCAGAAAACCUUGCACGUGCUUUUCCUUUUCUAAAAUCUUGGUGGCUGAGAGAUGGUCAUCGGUCACAGUGCAGGGGCAAAGAAUCCUCUGCUGUUUGUAAAGCUUGCGUUAAUCAGAUGUUUGGCUUUUAAGCUGAGUAGGUUAAUUGUUCUGAGUUUGGCUGGAUACUACUUUAGAAUAAAAAGAUGGCCUUCCACCACUUAGUUCUUAAAUAAAAUGCUCUCAUUCUCCCUUUCAAAUCAAUGAGUUAAGCGCCCCUCUCCUCCUCCAAUUAAGAGCUAUAUCUCUGGCUGUAAAAUAGACAUCUACACCAAAACUGUUCAAACAGCAGAAGGAGCUGCCUUACAGUUGGUAAACAAGACUAUUGCCGCACAAAGGCAAAUCAAGAACACAUCACGUACUGUACAGUAAUGAUGGAUGGGGUUUCUCAUAGGAAGUGCCCACCAUGUUUGGCAGUUGGCUUUGGCAUUUGUCCUUACGAGGUUGUGUGCGCACACAAGCAGGGAAGAUUGGAGACUUGUUAUUGGAUGAGUGGCAUUUGACUUGGUUAGCAGUAUUGCCAUAUAGUAUUUAACUAUUUAAUAGCAUUUUUCCUGGUGUUAAACGGUUCACCUUCAAUGCCGCUACCGACAAACGUGUUUUAUUUUAUUUUUAUAUAAUUUUCUAUCUAUCGCGAACGCAAAUGUUGAGUAUAUACCCUGUACCAUAAUUUGCAUAUACGAACCUCACAUAUUUCUUAAUCCUAAUUUCUAAUUCUUUAAUAUACAGUGCAGAUUGAUUGUUGUAGAAAAUAGCGGCGAGAUACCACUGGCAUAAAACAGUAGUAUGACAUGGGGCCAACAUUGUCAAUACCACCAGAUUAUCAAUGGCUGGCUUGUAUGGUAGUGGUGCACCAUGUCACCUUUACAGAAGUUGAACGUUGUGUGGGAUACAAUUUAUUUUAUAAUGGACUUGUGAAUCUCAAAUAUACUCAUUGGAUUUUUUGUUUCCUGAAAGCUUUAGAACUGAAUACAGCACAUCUAGUAGGGUGGGUUUGAUAUAUAUCGACCUAUGUCACUAGUCUGUAAGACUGGACCUAAAUUAUGAUUUUUAUUUUUUUUUUAAACCUGAAGACUCAUUCUUGCCAAUUGUUAUAAUCAUCUGCAACUAGAUUAAGAUUUCAUGUUUAAAAUAAAAUGAUUUUUCACGUAAUUUUCAAAGUUAUGUCAGCACUGAUUUUAUUAUGUACCGUUAGAAACACAUGCAUAUUGAUACAAUUACUGGUGAACAAUCUCUGGUUUAGUAGGUUAAUCCUUUUUCUGAACCUUGUCAGUUUAAAGGGACACUACAGUCACCCGAACAACUACAGCUUAUUUUCUUUGUUCUGGUGAGUAGAAUCAUUUUCUGUAGGCUCUUUGCAGUAAACACUGUUUUUUCAGAAAAAAUGCAGUGUUUACAUUACAGCCUACUGGCCACUAGUCAGAUGGCUACAAGAGGUGCAUUCUGGGGCAGUGCUGCACAGUGUGCAGCAUUGCCAUUGAGUAUCUCCACCCUCUGCAUGCAGACACUGAACUUUCCUCAUAGAGAUGCAUUGAUUCAAUUAAUCUCUAUGAGGAGAUGCUGAUUGGCUAGGGCUGUGUUUGAUUUGUGCUGGCUCUGCCCCUGAUCUGCCUCUUUGUCAGUCUCAGCCAAUCCUAUAGGAAAGCAUUGUGAUUGGUUCAGAGAAUCAUUUUUGAUGAUGUCCGCCAAGCAGGCAGAUCAGAGGCAGCAGCUGCAGCGUUUUACUAGAUUUAGGGAGGUCAGUGGGCUAGAUGGUGGUUUAAACGCUAUUGGGUCAGGAAUACAUAUGUGUUUUUGACCCUAUAGUGUUCCUUUAAUUUAUUUAUUUUUGCCAAGAAAAACUGCAUGUUCUGUCUACAGACACAAGGUCAAUUAAAGGACCACUAAAGGCACUGAAACCAUUUCAACUCAAUGAAGUGGCCUGGGUGCAGUGGUCUUUGAUUUCAACCAUGUAAUCCAAAACAUAGCCAUUUAGUAGAUACAGCAAUGUUUACAUUGCAGGGUUAAAUACACCUCUAAUGGCUGUCUUCCUGACAGUCACUAGAGGCGCAUCCUCGGAACAGAAUGCAUCUCGGUUCUCACAGCUAACCUCCAUUUCAUUGGAGUAACGCAGCACUGGCUGCGCAUGCACUCUUUGACCCAAAUACUCCUGUGAGGAACAUUGACUUGAACAACAGACAAGUCAGUGUAACAUUGUGGCAAGCAACUCAAGCCGUUGCACGGACUGGAUCUCUGCAUUGUGAAAAAAGGCGAGUAUAACACUUUUUUUUUUUUCAUGUGUUUAGAUCUGGUGGAGGCCCUUAAACUACAUGCAGAGGAAAACACUAUAGCGUUUGGAAUACAAACAUGCGCUAAAGUGUGUGCCUUGGUUUAAUGGAAUUUAAUUACCAAAAAUGUAAAUAUUGCAUGAAUAUACACUCAUGCUAAAUAAAUAUCCAUAUUUCAUAGCUUUGUAUCCUCUCGGGUUAUGAUCUACAGAUGGGUAGAUCACUAGAUAAUCCCACAAGCUGCAUUUGUUUUGUUUUAUGGUGCAAUGACUGAAACUGUUCAGCCACGUUCCUGUGUGCACAAAUCACCCUAACACGUCGGACUGAAUAGUAACUGUAAAACGUUACAUCCUUGUUGAGGACACAAUCGAUUGCAGGCAAACUCUAUCAAAUUUAUAUUUUGCUUUAAAACCGUGUAAUGAAAGCUUUGUAUGAAUGUCCCUGACAAUGUCGACUCAGACCAGGGACCAGCCUCCAUCUUAGACUAGGGGCCAUCUGCUGUGAGCUGGAACCAGCCUCUGCGUUCCUUACCAUAGACACUGUGGCUAACCAUAGUUAGAGGUUUAAAAUGGGUAGGAAAUGUAACCCUGUGUGGCUAGACUUUAGUUGGUAUGUGUUCAAUGUGUGUAUGUACAUUUCACCUCUUCCAUUGUGCCUCAAUGCUUUUACCCUCCUCCAAGGCAUUACCUUAUUGUUCUAGUAGGAGUCUUUCAAAGCAGUCCAAACCAGCUACCCUGCCACUCCCUUAAAGGUUUACCCCAAAUCCCAUCAUCGUUUUGGAGCUCUAAAGAGAUCAUGGUUGCAUGUUCAGGUUUUCAGUAAGAGACGCUUAAUGAACCAUGCUAACGGAAGUGUAAGUUCACCUCCGGCAGCAUGCGGGCAAUGGAAGACCAACUGCAACUCUCCUUCCUUAAAUCUCUACCAAUGGAGAGAGAACUCUGCCUUGGCUCCAAGGUAAGUAUUAUGUUGGGUGGUAACUCUGCAACUAAAGGUUACUCUAUCCAAAAACAAUGUUUUAUUAACCUAUGGAGUCUCCACAAGUCUUUGUCAAUGUCUGCCUACCUGUUAUGUAAAGAUUGUUUCUUUAAUAAAAUCAGUAGUUGUGUUCUGCAUUCUCUGAGAAGCCCUUCCAGUUAGGUGUUGGAAGGAUUAGCUCAAUCCUAGACUUUCCCCAUUUGGAACAAAUAUAACAGUGUGAGCGCUCCUAUUAAUCAAUUGGAGAAAAGACCAAUUCUGCCACAAGACAAGUCUCUAUCCCAAGCCAUUGACCAGAUUUCCUGUGUGUACCACGAUCAGCCUAUGUAUAAGGGAUAGUAGUAAUAUGUACAUGCGCACACCCAACCCUGCCUGCCUUUCAAACCCACAAUCCUCCAUGGGAAGCUGCAUGCGCAAUGUAUCUGAGGCCGUUAAUGAAGAUAUGACAUAACGAAGUGUGUUUGCCUGCCACUUUUACUGGUUUCCAUGGGAAUUGAAGCAUUUACAAGUCAACACAUCCAUAAAUAUUUAUUUUUGUUUUAGAAGCAAAUGUAAUUUACAUUUCUGGAUCACUUUUUUUUUUAUUAUAGAGGAGGGGAUAAAACCAUUAAAUCCAUGCUGUCUGUGCCAAACUAUAGUAAAAGGGGUCUUUAUUAUUUAAAGGGACAUUUGUUUUAUUUUUUUUAUUUUUUUUUCUCCUCCCAGUAAAAGGUAGAGAUUUAAGAGGGAUAUAGGAGUAAAUGAAACUUGAUUUAAAAUCCUCCAAUCUAUAAUUUCCUUGAGAGUAUUCACACAUCUUACACUUUGCUAUGGGUCUGAUGUUUCUUUUUCCAUAGCAUGAUAGUGACGACAUAUUCUGUUGCGCUGUACAAUAGGUAAACAAGAAGGCGUUAAACACUCACAUUUCUCCAGCGCCGGGCUCGCUCGGCGCUGGGGAACUUUCAUCCCUCUUCGGACAUCAGCUCGGAAUGCGCACGCAUAGGAAAGCAUUUCUCAAUGCUUUCCUAUGGACGUCCAGCGUCUUCUCACUGUGACUUUCACAGUGAGAAGCGCUUCUAGCGGCUGUCAGUGAGACCGCCACUGGUAGCUGGAUUAACCCUAGUGUAAACAUAUCCGAUUCUCUGAAACUGCUAUGUUUUCAGCUGCAGGGUUAAAACUAGAUAGACCUGACACCCAGACCACUUCAUUGAGCUGAAGUGGUUUGGGUGCCUAUAGUGACCCUUAGCAUAUUUAUAAAUGAUCUUGAAAUAGGCAUUGAAAGUCAUGUUUCAGUAUUUGCAGAUGCCACAACUUGUAAAAUAAUAAAAUGUGAGCAGAAUAUUGCUUUGCUGCAGAGGGAUUUGGAUAGAUUGGGGGACUGGGCGCUAAAAUGGCAGAUGGAAUUUAAUGUAGAGAAAUGCAAAGUUAUGCACUUCGGGGUCAAGAAUGCACAAGCAACUUACACCCUAAAUGGUAGUGAUUUAGGGAUAACCACACACGAGAAGGAUUUGGGAAUUGUUGUAGACAACAAAUUAGGCCAGUAAGGUUGUCAACUAUAAAUAGGGGCAUAAAUUCUCGGGAUGAAAAUAUAAUUUUGCUUCUCUAUAAAUCGCUGGUAAGACCACACCUUGAAUAUGCUGUGCAAUUUUGGGCACGUGUUCUAAAGAAGGAUAUCAUGGCACUAGAAAAAGUGCGGAGACGAGCUACAAAAUUGAUAAAAGGAAUGUAGCAUUUUAGUUAUGAAGAAAGGUUAAAAAAUUAAAAUCUCUUUAGUUUGGAAAAACGGCGCCUCAGAGGGGAUAUAGCAUUUUCAAAUAUAUUUAGGGUCAGUACAAACCAUUAUCUGGAAAUCUAUUCAUAAACAAGGCUAUACAUAGGACACAAGGUCACGCAUUUAGGCUAGAAAAAAGGAGAUUUCAUCUAAGGCAAAAGUUGUUUUAAUUUUAUUUUUUUUACUGUAAGAGCAAGAAGGAUAUGGAAUUCUCUGCCUGAAGAGGUGGUUUUAUCAGUCCAUACAGAUGUUUUAAACAGCAAUUGGAUAAAUAAUUGCAAAAACAUAACAUACAGGGAUAUGAUUUCUAAUUAGUGGGGUAAUAGCUGCUUGGUCCAAGGAGAUAUCUGACUGCUAUUUUGGGGUCAAGAAGGAAUAUUUCCCUAGUUUGUUGCAAAAUUGGAAGCGCUUCAGAUUGGAUUAACAGCAAAAACAUAUGUGAGGAAGGCUGAACUUGAUGGACGCAAGUCUCUUUUCAGCUAUGGAACUAUGUAGACACUUAGACUGCUUCAUUGCAUUGAAGUGGUCUUUGUGCAGUGUCCGUGCCACACUUGGUGCUGCGAUGUAAAACAUUUUGAAAAAAUACAAUGUUUACAUUGCAGGACUGUCUGCCCACAGUGGUGGUCUACCAGACAUGUCUGGAUUUGACCAGACUUUAGGUCGCCUGACCCUGGACAUCCUCACACUCUACACGAGGACAUCCAGCACCAACGGAAACCCAAUAGAAAAGCAUUGAUUCCUAUGGGUAGGGUGCAAUGGUUUCCUACGGGUAGGAUGUAAUGCGAUUGCAGUGCAUGCGCAUUAGUCCCAUCCCCCCUGUCAGAUGACAUUAAGUUAAAGGGUUUUAAUCCUUUAUGGGCUGUGGGCGGUGUGAAGGAGGGGAGGACCAGAGGGCACUAUAGUGUUAGGAAUACAACUUUGUUUUCCUUAUACUAUAAAAUCCCUUUAAGGGAAGGGGGCGGGGGGACUGCUGUUUUCAUGUAAUCUAACGUUAUGGUCAGACCUCCUAAUGUCAUUGGCCUACAUUGUUUAGAGGAUCCUCUUUCGGACCCAUGUGAGCCAGUAUAGGCGGCAUUAUUUGAGGAGUAGAGUAGAGAAAGUUACCUAAAUAGCAUCAAUGCUGAAAAGUGUUUGAUAAUGAAGCUAGCGGUAGAUAUUGCCAGCAUUAGUUAAAUAGAAAUGUUUCCAGUUACUGUGUUAACAUGUAGUCUCGGUGCAGUGGCUGACCAAGUCUGCACUCUAUCUGCCAAUCUUUCCCCUCUUAUACCCAGCCCGUUUUCUCAACUCCUACUUUCUCUAUUCUCCUUGUUUUCACCCUUUUACCAGGUGCUCUCUCACUUACCUAUAUAUUCCACAGGUUCUACUUGUUUUGUCUUCCAUUUUCCUAGAGGGAUCACUAAUCCUUUGCUGUCGGCUAUCCCAGUGGCAGUGUUGCUUUCUUCACAUGACAUUAUUUUCACGUAUUGCCUACUAUUCCAGAUGUACAGGGACACAUUAUUUAUUACUCCUGCUGCAGAUGGAAUGACUAAUAAUGUGACCAUGUAUGGGAUCCCUCUAGUCGCUCUACCUGGGUAUAAACCAGAAAGCUCCUCUCUUCACCUAGAAUGGCAAGAAGGGGUUUACUGGGCAAAAUUUGGACAGGGCUGUCUGAAAGGCACCAGGCUGUCUGCUAAAAGCAUGCACAUCGUCAUCUCAGCUGCUUUUUGCGUUAAGUACUUUAGUGAAUAAAAAUUUUAAAUGUUUUUUAAAAGUACAAAUUGUUGGGAAUUCCAAGUGAAUUUCAAAUUUAAGGCCAAAGUAGCUUAAUCCAUGGACAGUAUUUUUUUGUUUUGUUUUUUUUUCCCCCUCUCACUUAACGAGGUUGUUUAUUUACCGUUCUGAAGACUGUUUACUUGCAGUGCCAAAGCCCCUGCUUCGUACAAAACUGUGUGUGUCGCUAAAAGUCAACACCAUUCUAUUCUCAGACUAAAUGUACUCAUUCAUUUUGUUUGUAUUAAAGAAACCUGUAAAAAAUGUUGACAGCCUAAUUUCCACUAAAUCUGAUCUAUUUUUAGAGCUGCUAUAGUUUGAGACUGCAGUGUCAAUCAUAAAAGAAAACCAUGAGAAUUUCAGAAAAGAGACAUAGGAAAAAAUACUGUAGUGUAUGUCCAUGUCCCAGAAUUGAUCUUCCUGUCAUCGCAUGCGGGAAUGUGCGGAGGCAGCUUAGUCUGUAAGAACAUGGUGUGAGCUGAUUUGAAAUUGUCCUUUGCCCUGUAUUUUAGGCUCAGCUCGCUGGGACAAGUUUACAGGCCGCUGUACAGGUAAGGACUGUUACACUGCCCCAAUCUUGCAUGACUGCCAUUUGCCUCACAAGCCACAGAAAUGAAUACCAUGGAAUGUUUACACUUGGACAUUGUAACGUUACCACGUUUAGGAGUAUAUACAAAUCUCUCUGCUGACAUGUUUAACAGGACUGGAUAAAAGAAAAAUGGGCUUUGAUAUUUUAAAAAAAUUACAUUUAAAAAAAGUCACCUUCAGCAGCAGGGAGCGUUCAGAUAAUAUUGAGAUUAUAAGGUUUUUAGAUCAACAAGGCAAUUGUGAAAGGUUCAAAACAAUGAACCUAAAUGACUGUUUUUUUGGGGUGUGUUUUUUUAUAUAGCGUUAAAAGUAUAUUGUUGCUUUGAUCAGGUUUAAACAGUGGCUGAUUUAAAGAUUGUGUGGCGUCAGACUAUACCCUCAGAAUCUGAUUCUGCCUAAUGAUGCAUCAUGCCCUAUUCAACACCAUAAUCUGUAGUGUAGUAUUAUUAAAACAACCACUUUAACAGCAACAGUUGGAGUUGGGCAUCUUUAAAGGAGCAUUAGGAACACAAACUUGUGUUUCUAACAUUGGUGUGUCAGCCCCAUCCCCUCCCUGUUUAUACUAAGUAAAGGCUUGGAUCGUCACAAAUGAUGAUCUCUGCCAAUCCAAUGCUUUACCAUAGAAAAGCAUUGAAAGGCUAGUGUGCAUGCGUAGCAAAAUGCUGAGCUAAGCCACUCAGAUGGUGUCUUUAAGACCAGCUGAUUAAACUAGCCGAGUUUCACUCUGUCCCUGCAGUGGCUACCAGAGUGACAUUCACUAGAUGCAUUUAAACCCUGCAAUGCAAACACUGCCAUGUCAAAAUGACAGGGACGUGGCACCCAAACCACUGCAUUUAAUUCCAUCAAACCAAGAGUUUGGUGUAUAAAGUUUUGCAUAGAAGGUUUGUACACGUUACAGAUUUAUGUAUAACUUUUAAUUCCAGUUCUUUCAAUAAUUUAAAGUGGCAUUUCGUAAACAAAAUGUUUUGAGGUAAUCUCCAUGCUACGUACUUGCUGAUAACUCUGAAUUAGCUAGCACAGUUCUGAUUUUGAACCCCUUGUCACUCCUUCCUAGGUACUCCAAAAAUUACUAGGGUAUUUCAUGGCGUUCCAUCCUGACAGGACGCCUGUUAAUGUUGGCACAAUCCUGGACAUAACUGGACCUCAAAACUCUGAGCUCUGUGAGAAUAAGGGGGCAAUAUUUAUUAUUUCCAUAUGUGUAUUAGAUCUGUUUUGGUUUUUUGUUUGCUUGCAUCCAGAUCCUGUGUAGCAUUGUAUAGUUGGUACAUUUAGUAGCAGAGUAUACCAAAAAUCUCCAGAACACAUGCUGCCAGAGCACCCAAUUAGUGCUCUAGGAGAUCUCUCCAAAAGAUGUAUAUCUGUGCAGCCAUGAGGCAGACAGCCUCACCUUCAUGCAAACCUUUCAGCGCAUACAAUAGAUUUGGAGCCUGAGAAGGAGUCAGAGGAUAGGAGGGGUCAGCGCAGCUUUUGUGAGACUACACUGACCUUCCAUUCGGAACGAGAGAAGCCAGAAAAUUGUCUUCUGUUGCCAUGGCGAAACUUCUCUCUCCCUGGGAGGAUGUUGGCAAACAGGCAGUAUCUCUGGAGCAGAAUGUUUACAGUCCUGCACUGUAAUUAUCUCCAAAUGACUGGCAGAAUUAAUCAGAGUUUUAUGUUAAUUAGCCCGCUCUGCAGUCCCUGAAACAGGUGGUGGAAAAUAUGCAAAUUAAUGCAGAAUUCAAAUGCUCUCCCGAACCAGUUUUAAUUAACAUAAAAUGCACACUUUCUCCAGUCUCCCUGUCUGCAGUUUCUAAUUUCAUUUUUUUUAAUACAUUAAUUUCUAAACCACUCCACCCCCAAUUUUUUAUUUUUCAUUUAGCAUUAUCGGGUGUUAUUCUCAUUGCUUUUUAUGGGGCUUUAAGUCCCAAAAUACUGGGGCAGACUUUUUUUUUUUACAACCGGCAAUUUACAGGUUGCCUGCCCUUAACUGUAAUUAUUGAUGUGGACUCUUUAAUCAAGAGUAUGAGAACUACAACUCUCAGGAUGCUGGGCCAGCCUUCUAGAUAAGCAGCGCAAUAAAUCCCCCAAAGACUUACGGUCCCUUUUAAGCCUCAUGGUUAAUAAGCUCAUUAUAGGGUGAAUCUGGAUCACAGUUUUGCAGACAACCUGAUAAAAAAUGUAAAAAAAAAAGGCGAGUUAUGUGUUGGGCUGGCAAACCUUGUUUCUCAGGUUUAUUAUUUUCAUCUUGUUAAAAUGUUGUGUAAUCUACUGUCCUAUGUUGCAUGUUGAGAACCGUAGUAAAUCCAUACCUAGCAGGCAACGUUUGGAUUCUUUAUGUCCGCAUUACAGUGGCCAGAUGUCCAGUAUAGUCCUGUUACGUUAUUGUGCCACAUGUUUCAAUUGAAUAAAAAAAAAUAUAUUUUUAUACCAGCGUCAUGUAACCCAUAGUGAGGUGAUUUGCAGACAGGAGGGAACCUAAAAGCAAUGAAUCUUCAGUAUCCUACAGGUUUAGUUGUUUUUGUUUUUUAGGAAUAUUAACCCUGCUCUUGUAAUUUGCUUCAAUGGAUAUAUUUUGGAUUAAAUCCCCUUGUUCAGUUUAAAAAAAAAAAAAAAAAAAAUGAAAAUACAAUUUCUCCCCUUUCUUCUAGCGGUGUUUUAUUCAAACAGAUCUUUUUGACAACUCUUCAUUUCCCAUAAACCCACGCACAGCUCAAUUUUAUGGUGAACUAGCCGUAAACUUUUUGUAUUUUAUGCGAAUUGAAUGCAUGUAUUAUAUGAAAAAUGUAUUGACAGUGUCUGUGUUUCCGGGUUUUACCAUUUUACGUCCAGGAUGUUAUAUUCACUUUACCAUGUGGCCCCCAUCUUGGGACCCUCACAACAUAAAACACUACAUUAGAUUUUUGCACAUUUCUAAUCUAGCAUCCAUUUCCAUCACUCCCAAAAAGAAACAAUUUUACAUUAAUAAAGAGAACAUAAAAAUUUAGUAUUUUUACUUCAUUUCAACUUGUCUGUACGUUAAGGAAAUGGAUGAAACUGUCUUAAGUCACUGACUGUAAACGGGCAAAUAAAUUCUAUCUUUAAAAUGUUUCACUGUAAAAUAUACAUUCAUGGGUCCCACAAAUCCAUUUUACAGGGUGUCCUGUUGUAUAUUUUGCGGUUUUGUAAAUGAGACAUAAGGUGCCGACUUAAACAACAUAGGAACUGACUUCAAAGCAUUUGCACUUUUUUUUUUUUUUUUUUUUUUCAGACUUGUAUAUUUUUAUUCUUAAACUGUUCAGGUACAUGGUAUGCAAUUGACAGUAGAUCACAGGGUAUACAGCUUAGAGAAUACAUUAUAAACUGGUGGCAUUUUCUAAUUUCUUCAGGUGUGUUAGUGGGAAAAUGUCUACUUUGCACAACACGCACACUUUAAUAACCAGAAUUUCCAAAACCGGUGCGCGGGAGAUAAGGCCAAAGUCCUGGAAAGACAAAGCAGUUUGUAAAAACUUAACGUUGAGAAUUGUAGGUGGCUCUUCUGAGUGGAAAAGUUAUAACAGUUCAAUGUUGGCCUUUGUAUUUGUUAAUAGUUUAACUGACACGCCAUGCCACACUUAUUUAUUGUAUUUCAUGUAUUACAUGGGUGAAAAGUUGACAUAUCAAAAAAUAGCCCCCUUUUGUUUCAAACUGCCUCAUUCAAUUGACUUGUAUGAUGAUGGUGAUAAGUAUGUGUUAUUUAAUGCUAGAUUAUCAUAUGGCACACCACAUUAUGCAUCAUAUAUUCCCCACAAGAUUGGUAAAGUUUUUGUGUUUUUUUUUUUAUGCAGUUUUUCUGGAUAUUUCUAUUUUACAGAUACAGACCCAAAAAUGUGUCUCUAUUUGCAAAUCUCUGGAUUUUAGCUAAAUAGUUACAGGGCAGAUGAGUUACCCUCAGAUUGUGUAUUGCAAAUUAACUGUUCUGCAAGACUGCAUUAAACACCAAAGAAUAGAACCAUGAAUCGCAUUACCUCUCUGGCUCCAGCAUCAGGUGCCCUUGUUUUCACUAUUCUGUCGUUUCCAGCAUUCGUCUCCCGCCAUCAAACAAAGAGGCAAAUCUGAACGUUUUAUUUUUUUAUUUUAUUUUUUUUAUUUAUUUAUUUAUUUAUUUUUUGUUAGUGCAACUUUUUAUUUUUACAUUGCAAGGUUUUGCUUUGUUUCAGUAAUGCUAAAAUACAUAAUGUAAAAGAAGCUGAACCUCCAAGAAAAAAACCUUUAAAGACUUUUGAUGUAUUAUUAACCCGUUGGGUACACUUCCCAUCAUAUUAUUUAUAUAACGCCAGCAAAUUCCAUAGCACUGUACAAUGGGUGGACUAACAGACACGUAAUUAUAACCAGACAAAUGGACGCUCAGGAACAGAGGGGUUGAGGGCCCAGCUCUCAAUGAGCUUAAUAAACAGAAUAUGCUCUUCUACAAUUGUAGUGGGUAUAGUGGUAGGAGUACAUAUGAGCAGUUUUUCAGCUUAAAACACUACACAUACAGAGUUAUUUACACUUCUGUGCUGGGUGUUAGUUGCUGCCCCGUGUCAAUUCUCUGCAUAUUUAACGUAUGUCUGCUGCACGCUUGCCCCUCCCACGCUCCCUCCCAUCUCGCUCUGUCCCUUAUAUAGGUUUCAGUUAAAAGAAUCCUUCCUGCUCCCUUCCUAAAUCUGCCCAGAGUGCGCAAAACUGGCCAAUCACAGGGUUCUCUGAGAAGCCUGAAAUUGGACCAGUGCCAGAUGAUGUCAGAAGGGGGCAUGGAUUCAGGUAAGCCAGAAACCUUUUUUGAUUUUGGGCGGGGGCACAGAACAGUAAUGCCCUAUAGGGCAUUUUCAGUUUAAAAAAAUUAUCCCAUUAAAAAUAAAUAAGACUUUAUUAGAAAACCAGCCUUGUUAAUACAUGCAUUUUAUUGCUGAUGAAAACAUGCCAUUGAGGAGCUUAGAACAGGCUUUACUUUAUUUUAUUCUUUGAAGUUUUGUGACAAUUCUUACCCGUUGGUUUUUAGACAAAAUUUAAAGAAGAACCUGGGGAGCCUCCGCAGCCCGUCCAGCCAUCCCAAGCGCCCCCACUCCAGGCAGCCUUACCCCAGACCCAGCUCAUGGUGGCCGGAGGACAGAUCACUGGGGUAAGAAAUUACUCUUUAGACCAGUCCAAGCCAAUAUACAGGCAGUUGUGAUGGGAACAUAUGAGGCCUUAUGUUUUUGACAAUCUUCCUAGAAUCAUUUCAUGCUAUUAUUUUGCAAUACACUUUCUGCUGUAAUUUUAAGAUUAUUCCAAAAUGCACAGAAUGUUUGUAGAGUGAGGAUUGUGCCAACUGUUGAAUUGUUGGAUUCCAAUCUGCUCUGGUGGAAUAUUACUGUAAUUUAUUUAGCUGCUAAAUUUAACUGUUUUGUACAUUUUGUAUGUCAAAUUUAGAAGUCAUGCUGAAUUUUGUAGAUCUAAAUCCCUGUGUGUUAAAGGAACGCUAUAGUGUCAUGAAAACAUAUUGCUUUCCUGGCACUGCAGGACCCUGCAGUGCCCCUCUCCCUCCCACCCCAUCACAUGUUGCUGAAUGGGGUUAAAUACCCUUCAGUGACUUACCAGACUCCAGCACCGAUGUCCCUUGGUGCUGAGUCAGGCUCUGCCUACUCUCCUUCCCCUCCGACAGCCGGCGGGGGAGACCUAAUGCACAUGUAUGGCAAUGGCUGCACACGCGCAUUAGACCUCCCCAUAGGAAAGCAUUAUUCAAUGCUUUCCUAUGGGGAUUUCGGCAACGCUGGAGGUCUUCACAUAGCAUGAGUACGUCCAGCGUCGUUUAAAACACUUUUCAUGUUUUAAGAAGCCAGAAGCACUUAACCCUAUAAAAACUACAAUAAUUACACUUGCAAGGUUAAGAAGGUGGGAGUUGGCACCCAGACCACUCCAUUGGGCAGAAGUGGUCUGAGUGCCUGGAGUGUCCCUUUACUGAAGCAGUCUUAGUGUAUAGAUUGUGUCUCUGAAGUCUCACAGCUCAAUUCUCUGCCAUUUAGUAGUUAAAUCACUUGUUUCUGUCCAUGCAGCCCCAGACACAGCCUGCAUUAAAAAAAAAAAGUUUCACUUUUAAUCACAGUAACUUUGAAUAGUUUUUUUUUUCUCCUGCUCUGUAACUUGAACUUUAAUCACAGACUUCUGCUGGGUCUAGCAAGCUAUUAACAGAACAGGAGAUAAGAAAUACUAAACUAAACAGAAUUUGCAAUAAAGUUUAAAUAGAGCUCACUUUACAGGAAGUGUUAGGAAAGGCUGUGUAAGUCACAUGCGAGGAGGUGUGAUUAGGGCUGUAUAAAAAGUGAUUUCAUUCCUAAGUGGCAGAGAAUUGAGCGGUGAGACUGCAGGGACGUGAUCUCUAUACAGCAACACUGCUUCAUUAAGCGAACAUUGUUUUGGUGACCAAGUAUCCUUUAAGGCAAUUACUGUAGGGUGACUUUUUUUUCUAUUGGUAAAAACAUUAAAGGAGCACUAUAGGGUCAGGAACACAAACAUGUAUUCCUGAUCCUAUUGUGUUAAAACCACUAUCGAGCCCCUUUGCCUCCCUAAAGAUAGUAAAAUCUUACUUGUAUCAAAGUCUGAAGCUGCUGCCUCUGCAUGUGAACUUCCUCUGACCUCAUCAGAAGUGGUGGCCUGAUCCAAUCACAGUGCUUCUCCAUAGGAUUGGCUGAGACUGACAAGGAGGUAGAGUCAGCAAAAUUCAAACACAGCCCUGGCCGAUCAGCAUCUCCUCAUAGAGAUGAAUUGAAUCAAUGAAUCUCUGAGGAAAGUUCAGUGUCUGCAUGCAGAGGGAGGAGAUACUGAAUGUUUGGAUGCAUUUUAGGCAGCCGUGACCCAGGAAGGAUCUCUAACAGCCAUCUGAGGAGUGGCCAGUGAAGUUAUCACUGGGCUGUAAUGUAAACACUGCAUUUUCUCUGAAAAGACAGUGUUUACAGCAAAAAGCCUGAAGGUAAUGAUUCUAGUCACCAGAACAAAUUCAACAAGCUGUAGUUGUUCUGGUGACUAUAGUGUCCCUUUAAGCUUUGAGAAAUUUUAAUGUCAAAGGGGUCCGUUUCAAGCCAAGUCCUACCAGAUUACUAUAGUUCAGCUUCGUUCGGAACAAGGACUUUAACAGUUACUAGGAACAAAAUACUUAAUUGAAUUCAGGCAUAUUUUGAUGAGGGAAGAUUAAAAGCAGCAGUUUAGCAACACUAAACCUUCUAUUACAUCUAGUGCUUUAUUUCCUUAACGUGUCACUCUUCUUUAAACUGAAAUAAAUCCCUACAUUUACUCCCAUAUUUCUCAGAAUACGUUGUAUAUUUAUUAUUUUUCACACAAAUUACAUAGUUACACAAACUGGAAACUUUUAAUAAGAAAUGUUAUUAUACUUUGUUGCAUCUUUUAGAACUCUGGAACUCCUUUCCCACCAGCAGUGUGUGAAUGCUGCAUACUCUGCACAAAACCUGUUCAUAGGCAAUUUUAUCAAUCCACUUAUAAAAUGGUUACCUUUAAAGCUGCUGUUCUUGUCUAGAUAUAUUGUGACAUAUAGCUAGUAGUCCUUUUUGGUGUUUUGUUUAUAUAAUUUUUUUCAAAGUUAGAAGGAAAAAAAAAACUUUUAUAAAAUGAAUGUCUCAAUUAUAUAUAUAAUUUUUGUAUUGUAGAAGGUUUUGUAAACAAAAUCUAAAAGGCAUUAAUUUGACGUGCUUAAAGGGUCGUUCCACACUCCUAAACUAUAGCUUUUUUCAUAUUGCAAAAAGUGCAGAUUUCAAUAGAAAUUUACACUUUUCUAUGUUAACCUGGUACAUCACCUUGACUUUCAAAGCAGAUGUGUAAUGUUACUUCCUGGUUUCAUUGGCUCAAUGCAGCUGACCUCAAGAGGCAGCAAUUACCAAGAGCACCGGACUUACAAAGACUUCUCAUUGAGCUGCAUUGGGAAGUCACAAAACGUCUGGGUGGGUUUAGAAGGGGAGGCCUUGCAAAGGCAGCAGACGAGAUAUUAUUUUCCUAUAGUUUUUGCUUAAAGGAGCAGACGUAAUAUAAUGAGUGACUUAGAGUGCUGAUUGUGGGGGUUGAGGAUUUAAAUGAGUUGUUUGAAUCCUCAACCCCCAACAUUUCUACUGGUCUAUUAAGUAAGAACAGUGUAUGUGUGCAUGUGAUGGCCCGUAUUAUAUUUUAUCCUCCUCUAAUACUGAGCAUCGUAGUGUGAGGAUGUAUCCCAGCAUCCAAUCGCUUGACUGUGCCUUCUUAAAAUUGGCACCGGGGUAUGCUUUUCCAGUCUUUCCACUUUAAAUAAACAUAUGCACCAAACGCGUAAUACUGGGGACUAAUGAUUGAGAGCCUUAAGGCUUUGUAAAAUGUUAUAUAGCUUUUUAUUCUGUAAUUGCACUUCUAUAGAACGCAGUGUAUUCUGUUUUAUAAAAUCCCAGUCCACAGCACUGCGGGAAGAGGAAGGUACCAAUCUUAGCACUUGAGAUUGCCAUUUUCUUCACUCUGGCGUUUACCGUGUGCGUUAACUAAAAUUAUACUUAUUUUUAGUGCACUUCAUUUCUGUUCUUGCUGAUCUGUGCCGUAUGGAGUGAGAGUUUGUAUGAUGAUGCAAAUCAGUCAUUCAACAUAGUGGUUUUCCUAUAAUAAAUAAUCACUAAAGGGAGUGUAAUAUUUAAUCCUUGUUCUAAUCUUCUGUCUCUACCCACACACAUUCAAACCCCUGAGCAGCAGCAGUCCAUUUGGAAUCUUUAGUUAAUUUUUAGGGUUUGUGUGGUGUUCUGCGACUUUAUUUUAUUUAGAAAUGCCACAUAUGCAAUAAAAUAUGUAAACGAAAGACCUGUAACAUUAUAUCAGAAAUCCUAUAAGAAAUAUCCUCGAAUAGGAUAGAAAAUAGAUCAUUCGUAAAACAAACCACACUGUGUAAAUGAAUACUUAGAAAGGCAUUAGUCACCCUAAAUAACACAGCUUGGCUUCACUUAUUGCUAUUACAUCUGGAAGGUGGGAUAAAGAAUAAUAAGAAAAUGGAAAUGGACAAGUCACUUUAUUUCUGUGCAAUUCAUGUAUUUGGGUUCCUGCCAGUUGUAUUUCAGAGAUCCCCAAAAAUAAAGCAAGCACUCAUUGAGCUGACAGUCAAUUUGUCCAUAUUAUAUUGUGUGGCCAGAGACCACAUACUUAUGGCAUGCCUUGACAAGCUUCUGGUUCUUGGGUCCAAACAAGCUCGAAAAUGUAAGAGCUAGGUUUUAAAUGCCACAUGGAACAUCCGUUUUUCAGUCAACACCCAUUUCUUACAUUUGGGUAAAAUGUUUACUGCCUGAAAAAAUACUAGCAUGAUCCAUAUGCCAAAACAUAGUUAUCUAAUAUAUUAAAGGAUCACUAUAGGGUCAAGAACACAAACCUGUAUUCCUGACCCUAUAGUGUUAAAACCACCAUCUAGCUCCCCCUGGGCCUCUCCUGCCUCCAUAAAUAUAGUAAAAAUCUUACUGUAUUCAAGCUUGAAGCUGUAAAUCUGCAUGCUGUUAGACUCAUAAAAAACAGCAGUCUGCUGACAUGUGGUAGCCUGAUCCAAUCACAGUGCUUCCCCAUAGGAUUGGCUGAGACUGACAAAGAGGCAGAUCAGGGGCAGAGCCAGCAUGAUUUAAACACAGCCCUGGCCAAUCAGCAUCUCCUCAUAGAGAGGAAUUGAAUCAAUGAAUCUCUAUGAGGAAAGUUCAGUGUCUGCAUGCAGAGGGAGGAGAUACUGAAUCACAGGAUGCUGUGCACAGUGCUGCCCUGUGCUCUGCUGACAGCAGAUCUGAGUGGGUGGAGGCAUAUUAUGCCUCCAUCAACUCCGAAGUCUCUCUGGUUCACUCUGAGUGACUGCAACUGGAGGUGUUCCUAGCUUUCAAUGUAAACACUGUAUUUUCUCAGAAAAUAGUGUUUACAUGAGAGAGGCUGCAGGGAGCUAGUUCUCACCUGAACAACCUCAUUAAGCUGAAGUUGUUCAGGUGACUAGUGUCCCUUUAAGAUUUGUAUUUUGCUGAUGAAUAAAACCGUAGCAGGCAUUGUUUAAUUAGACUUUACAGGGGCACAAACUUGACGCGGCAAAUCGUAUUUAGCACUAUUAGAAAUUGUAUGUUUGCCUCAGAGAAGGCAGCGCUAACUGUAAGCGGAGGACGUAAGUACCUGCAGUGGUUGGUGGAGUGUUUGCCAAUUUGAAAAGAAGUCGGGGGAGGAGGAAACAUGAUGUUAAAUGCCUUGUGUUUUACAGCUAAAGACCAGGUAUUAUUACCACCAUAAAUCACAAAGGAGUGCUAGCCAAGCUUCUUGUCCAUCUUUGCUUGAGCACAACGCUUUUUUUUUUUUAGGAUUGUCAUGGGGAUCCUUCAAACAUCCACCUGAAACAUAAGAUGUGUUUGCUGCAGCCUUUAGCAGAGCAGCACUCUUUAAUAGACAUGAGGCUCCAUUACAUAGAAACUUGACAGUCUGCAAGCCAACUGUCCAAUGUUUUGGCCUGGAGCCUUGCUUAAUGCUUUUGUGUGUAGAUUAUGUGCUAUAUAAUGUAAAGUAAACGGCAUGUUAUCCUGCAGUAAAGGUGGGUUAGUACUGCACGUGUUGUUUCUCUUGAUAAGAGAUUUACUAGUGGUUUUUGUUUUUUGUUUUUUUUCUCAUAUUAUUCUCUUCCAUGAAAGGGUGACCAUAGGUAUAUUUUAUACCUUGUGUGGCAAAUGGUGGAUGUUCCUACAUUGAGGGGAUUGGCAGGAUUAACAAUCGUUGAUCAAUAACCUGUUUCGUUGUUUUGCAGCUAACACUAACGCCAGCUCAGCAGCAGAUGUUAAUUCAGCAGGCGCAGGCACAGUUACUGGCAGCCGCAGUGCAGCACUCUGCCAGCCAGCAACACAGCGCCGCUGGUGCCACCAUCUCCGCCUCUGCUGCAACUCCCAUGACACAGAUCCCUCUUUCUCAGCCAAUACAGAUUGCACAGGUAAGCACAGGCCAAAUGCUACUCCCACUGUUCAGCUAAAGUGUCUGAUGACAUUAGCUUUUUAUAUUGAGGUUUUUUGGGAUUUUUUUAUCCCUUCUAAUUCAGGAUUUGUUUUUUUCCCCCCCUCUAAUUUAGGAUUUACAGCAAUUGCAGCAGCUUCAACAGCAAAAUCUCAACCUACAGCAAUUUGUGUUGGUACAUCCGACCACCAACCUGCCGCCAGCGCAGUUCAUCAUCUCACAGACGCCCCAGGGGCAACAAGGUAACACCGCUUUGUGCUGGACUUGAUAAAUUGCUAAAGUAUUAAAGGUUUUAUUUAUCGUGCAAAUAAGUAGCAUUUGCCCCUUAUAUUAUGAGAUGGAGAUGGUGUGGAUUGGGGCAUGUGAGGGCUGUUUGUUGCAAAAUGGCCAUAUAGGUACUGUAUACCUUUAUACAUAUAUCAUGAAAACACGGAGGGAAGAUAAAAUGAUUUAUGAAAAGUUCAAUCUAUGAAAAUAUAUUCAAAAACAUUUGUGUGAUACAAUGGGAGUGGAAACAAAUCCAUUCAGUCCCCUCUACUUCCUCUAAACCUACAGCAUGGUACGCCGAUGUACAAUUCGCAUACUUUUCAGAAUUGCUAAAGUUCUUUGGAUCCGCUUCACAGGGACACUACACAAUAUAAGUGAUUGACUAUAAUUCUAAUCACACAUUGACUUGCAUAGUGCCACACACCAGGUACUGUGCUAAUUGCUAUGGGAGACCGCAAACGCAGCCCACAGUACCCAGCAAAAAGCAAAGCCCACCUAAAUCCGCAUCAGACAAUGAAUUUUUUUUUCCUUGUGGUUUUUCCUUUCUAAUUUUGUUAUAGAUGUGCACAUGUUAAGUCUUUCUUUCUACUUUCCUUCCAAAUCUGUAUUUCAAAAAAAAAAAAGUGUGAAGAGUUGACCUAAAUCCAAAUAUUAUCUGAGUAAUUUUUAUUUAUUUUGUAUUGCUCCCUGUUUUGCAGGCCUUCUGCAGGCGCAGAGUCUCUUAACACAACUACCUCAGCAAAGCCAAGCCAACCUCCUGCAGUCUCAGCCAAGCAUCACUCUCACCUCACAGGUCAGCAGCCAGUUCCCUUCCAUCCUACCCUUUGGGAAUAAUCCUGUGCUUUGAAGAAAUUGCAUUCCUAACGGAUGUCCUAUUGUUAUGGACGACAGAGUCCUGGCAUGCUGAAUACCACUCAUUAAUAAUCAUUUAGCUGGUCAGGCGAAAACGCUUUGCGUAGCACAGUGCACGUGUCUGCUUUGUGAAAGGCAUAGUGUUCCCCCAAACUUUGUGGGUUCUGUGUAGAAAUAAUGGUAUUUACCACAGUGUGGUCAUUUUAAGGUUUAUAGAAUGACUUUUACCUGGGAUUUCGUAGGUAAUGGGUGACUGGUCUCUUUAGAUGAUUAAAGUUUACUUUUCAUUUAUGGCGCUUUUCUCAGAACUGACCAUGGUGGCAAACAUUUUACAAUUACUUCGUAUUGUUAGGUUAAACAUUUGCUGUGUAACACAGGCAGCAUAUUGUAAAUAGGGAUUAACAUAGUAUCUGUUCUGCUAGCUAUUAGAACCGAUAUUUGCAUAUUUCUGAGAAUUGGUACUUUCCACAUCUGGAAACCGCAACUGUCACCCCUCCCUGCGGGUCCCUGCAUGCCGAACCUUUGUAAUCCAAGCAUGUACAGGCUGCCUGGGAGUGCUAGGUGACUGUGACUGCUGCCGGCAUGUUUAUUUAAUGGCAGAUUUGUGUAUCAAUUGUGUUGAUUUUAAAAAUCUUUAAAUGUACAGAAUAUCAACACCAAUUUUUGGCAAUCGGCCCAAAAGGAGACCAAUAACCUGUAUUGCAUCAGCUGCGGAAAAAUAUCAGUCGAUUUCUAAUUGUAAUAGUUGCAUUUUUCCUAAUUGGGUAUGUGUGUUCUGUGCAGUUAUACCCGCUGCAUUCUAGUUACAGGAACAUGUAGACAUCUACUACUAUGGGAAGAUGCUGCAAUGUUUCUCUUCCAAAACUGCUACUCCCGUAAUGAACAACCAAGCUUUGCUUUUUCUGCUGAAUUUCCUUCCAUGUGUUAAUUUGCUUUGAGUAGAAAUUCACUGAUUAGUGCUCUGAGGGCCGUAGUUACUAUUCUCCAUUAACAGACAAAGGCUUUGAUUUAAUUCCGUUGGAUAAGCUUUUCAAUUGACCAAAUGAAUGUGUCAUUUUGGAUAAACUUUUGAAAUAUUUUUCAAAUCAUUAAAUCAUUUUAAAAAUGUAUCCAAAACACUGAAAGCAUUUAUAAGGGUUAUACAGAAAUAUAACAAAGUUAUAAUUUAUCAAGCAAUUGAAUCCUUUAUGGAUGUGACUCUUCUGUAUACCACAAUUGAUUGUGCCGAUUGUUUAAUCGAUAAAUUGGGAUGAUUGAUCGGCACCAUGCAUUUAUUUCUUGUUUCUGUGUCUUUCAGCCAGCAACCCCUACCCGCACAAUAACUGCAACCCCCAUACAGCAACUUCCACAGAGCCAGUCAACACCAAAGCGAAUCGACACUCCGAGUCUGGAGGAGCCCAGUGACCUGGAGGAGCUUGAGCAGUUUGCGAAAACAUUUAAACAAAGACGCAUUAAACUUGGAUUCACUCAGGUAAGUGUAGGCAGACGUGUGCCGAGAGAACUUUCCCCAUCCCGGCAGGGUUUCCAUUUAACUGUGGGAUCUCUCCUUUCCCCCGUCUUGGAGAACAUCCUAUAAUAAGGCAGCAGCCUGUCUUGCCCUAUAGUUAAAGGCUGCGUUUUUUUUAUUUCUCACCACAGGAGUGAUGCUCUUCCUGCGCGUUGCGCAGCUGCCCUUGCUUGGUUACAGCUAUCCAAUGUAGCAUUUCGGGCUUAAAGGUUAAUACACUUAAAAUCCGCUCUGGAGUAUGUAACCUUUAAAAUCCUAAUUACACAUCUUAAGUGUGUCAAAGCAUUUAACUGAGCUGAAAUUGCACAAAAGGUGUAUUAAAUGUCUCCAGCAAUCUGUCGUCGUUUAAGGGCCUGCACGCAUACAAAUGAGUUUGGAGCCAUCUUAAAGGAAAAUUCCAUUACUCCUAUUUGGACAAAAAAUUAGAAAUCACUGGGGUUUUUUUUUGUUUUUGUGGGGUUUUUUUUAAACACAUUUUUAUCCAUGUAUUCAUUGGGGGUAUAUCUUAAAACAGUUUGCAAACGUCACAGUUCUUGGGACCUGCAGUCUUCCCAUUUUUCAUGUUAAGUCUCUUCAUGGGGAAUUCAUAGCCAAUCAAAGCUCCAAAGGGCUCCCUGUGUGCAUGUGCGCUAGCAGCAUACUGGUCUAAGGUAUGAAAGUGUACUCAAGUGGAGUGCGUCUGUCAGUUGUUUUAGCUCAGGGGAUACCCCAUGACCAAAAACCUACAUUUGCUUAACACACUCGGGAUUUGGGCAAUGGAUUUUUUAUGUUCCUGGUGGUUUCGUUCUGUAGUCCUUGCAGCGUUAUCAGAAAGAUGGGAGUUUGAGCACAAGCCUCAUACAUUUUUGUAAUGACGGUGGUUGUGGAGGGUAUUGCAGCUGAUUGGAACAGAUUGAAAAACCUUGUAGGAAAGCAUGCGCCGUGCAUGCGCAUUAGGUUUCCAGGUCGCUGUGACCUCGGCAGAGGAAGAGCCAGAUUCGGAGCACUGGGACACUAUAGAUUUACAUGGAGCUCUUCUCCUUUGUGCUGAUUGGGCAUAUAAAGAAGCAUUAGCUGAAGCAGCAGUGGGUCUCUCUGAUUGGCUGAGAGUGUCAGCUGACUGCGGUCAGCUAUCACAUGCCCAUUGCUGGCAUUGCUUUGUAAGGCAAGAAGUAGUUGUGUAAUCUCACUUUAGCCAUAUCUCCUGUAGGGUCAGGGCUGUUUACCUUUAUUUAAAGGACCACUCUAGGCACCCAGACCAUUUCAGCUUAAUGAAGUGGUCUGGGUGCCAGGUCCUUCUAGGGUUAACCCAUUAUUUUAUAAACAUAGCAGUUUCAGAGAAACUGCUAUGUUUAUGAGUGGGUUAAGCCUUCCCCCAAAGCCUCUAGCAGCUGUCUCAUUGACAGCCGCUAGAGGCGCUUGCGUGCUUCUCACUGUGAUUUUCACAGUGAGAGCACGCAAGCGUCCAUAGGAAAGUAUUGAUAAUGCUUUCCUAUGCGACCAGCUGAAUGCGCGCGCAUCGAGCCAACGGAGAGGAGAAGGAGAGCUCCUCGCCCAGCGCUGGAAAAAGGUACGUUUUUAUCCCUUUCCCCCUUCCAGAGCCGGGCAGGAGGGGGUCCCUGAGGGUGGGGGCACCCUCAGGGCACUAUAGUGCCAGGAAAACGUGUAUGUUUUCCUGGCACUAUAGUGGUCCUUUAAGGUUUAAAUAUUAUUUUACACUGAAUGUAGGGGACUGUGCCAGGGCAAGCCUCCCAACUGUUCAAGUGUUGUUUUCCGCCCCGACUUAGGCCUCGAUUUAAUAUUGUUGGUUAAGCUAUCCAAACAAAUUAUAUCAUAUAUAUGUUAAGAUUAAAAAAUAAAUAAAUAUAUAUAUAUAUAUAUAUAUAUAUAUAUAUAUAUAUAUAUAUAUAUAUAUAUAUAUAUAUAUAUAUAUAUAUAUAUAUAUAUAUAUAUUAAUAAUUUCUGCACUCGGUCUUUUUAUUCCUUCAUGGUUAAAAUGUGCACAUGUUAAAGUGUUAGUGAUGCCAAAACAGGUCGACAUUUCAGUCCCAGCAUGGGACUUUCCUCAGGAAAUAUCUUUUUAUAUUGGUGGUUCCCAAACCAGUCCUCAAGGAACCCCUACCAGUUGAGGAUUUAGGGAUUACCCAGUUUGUCUAAGGUGUUUUUAGAAAGAGAAAUAACACCUUAGACACAACAAGGUAAUCCCUAAAUCCUGGACUGGUAGGGGUUCCUUGAGAACUGUAUAUACAAAAAAAAAAUCAGUAUAUCACAUAUUACAAAAUGAAACCAUAUUUAAAAUAAAAAAAAGUAUUCUUUAUUUUAAAUGUGCAUGUCCACAUAUCACGAGUUGCAAUGACGUAUGUAAAAGAUGCGUCAUGUCUGGAUACAGGCUGAAAUAAGUACAUAAAUUGUCUAGAUGAACUGCACACAUUUUUAUACUUUUGAAAUAGGUCAUGGUACGAGAACUGGUAACAGUGCAAGCGCUUACUGCUACCAGUGUCCCCGUUAGACGUUAGGCUAACAUGCAAUAUCACUUCCAAUGAGGCUGAGACUCUGUGUGUAAGCAAUUUCAGCAUUAUAAAGUAAAAGGUGAUAUCAAGAGAUAAACAAGAUGUUACUGCUAUAUCUGUUAGUCAACCUGUGGGGUAUAUGUAGCCCUAGUGAUUAUGAGGCCUGCAGAGGCCUCAGUUGGUCGUGUAGCAGGAAUAAUCAGGACCUUUUUAUAGUCCAUUUUUGUGUGCCAUAGAAAUGUGUGGCCGCCAUCAGCUGUACUACUACGAACAAUUUAACAUGAGUAACUGAGGUUAAUAACACAGGUCUGCUUAAACUAGGCAUGUCAUAUCCCUCUUCUUACUAGUCAGCCGACUGAUCGGAACUUAGAGUGCGUGCAGUGUGCUCAGAGUGAGUCUUGGCUGAUUCGAGGAUUGUUCAUUGGGAGUCCCAAGAGAGUGAGGAGUAUUGGUAUAUCUGCCUUCUAUGUAGCACUGUGGGUAGUCCCAUUAUGGGUGAUCAUUAGGACCCUUAGCGUCCCCCAGCGGUAAGGCAUGCCCGCUGUUCUCAGGCGGCUUGUAAGGAGAUGCAUUGACCUCCACCAAUGCAGUGUGGCUCUUGUUAAGUCCUGAAAGAAGAGCAAUUGGGAGUUUUUAAAUGCCAGAGGAGUCUUGACACUCACCGCAGCCAUUGUUAGUUUUGUCUUGUGAUGUGGCACAGCGCAGGAUGAAGGAUCCUGCGCUUCUGUGGAUGGUGAGUUGGGCCCUGCCAGUUUACGGUAUAUGCCCUCCAGAGUUAUUUUCCGAGCCACUGAUGGAGGCCAUUAGUUUCCUGAGGAAAUGUAGCAGUUCAUCUGUGGUGAUCGUGGCAGAUGCACCGCGGAUCUUGAUGUGGUUGCUGUGCAAGCAGUCCUCUUGGGUGGAUACCUGCACCGCAAGCGCGGUGGGCUGCUUGUAAUGUUUGCAGUGUAUACGUAAGAUUGGACACACUGCUGUUUAGUUUGAGAAUGUCCUCCUCCAUUGCACUUACUUGCUCUGUAGUCUGGCGAACAUCUGCCUUCAUGGUGCCGAUAUCUGUGGCAAGCUUUUUCUGGAGUUCCUGCAUCCAUUGUUGGAGGUCCUGCUUUGUGGCAAGAGUAUUAUCCCCUGUUUAUCUAAGGACUGGGAGUGUGGUGUCAUGUUCUCACUCUGCCCGUGGUGCCUGUAAGUGGGUUUAUGGUGUAGGCCACUCCGGAGCGGUUAAGGCCUCUGUGGUGGCCAUCUUGGAUGGUGCCUGCCGCUGCAACAUCACUCCGAUAUCUGACUUUUAUGCUGAAAAGCCCAGCUGCAGCUUCUGUGUGCGGCGCCUCAUUGCUUCGGAGGUGCCGCUAGGUGUAGAGGUGUCUCCCCCUUCAGUGUCUGGAUUGUCAUACACCCGAGUGCCUCCAAGGAGAAUCUCCAGGCUGUGGAUGGCCGGUGGAAGGUAGGCCCUGUUUUUGCGUUUUGCCUUUCCCGGACUUUGGGGGUUGGUAGUAAGGCAUCUGUUACUCUUAAAGCCCUGGGUCUGUUUUCGGUCAGUCUAGUCGGAUUGUUGAUAAUAUGAGAUAUUUGCAGAUUGUAUGUAUCGAGGUUUGGAGCCGACAUAAAUGGCGUCUGUUUAGCUCCGGUCCAAGCCCCGCCGCCCAUAAAACAUUUUUUAAAAUAUGUAAUUUGAAUAAAUAAUAAUUGAAACAAACACUAACAUUUUCUUGAGAUUCAAAUAUUCCAAUUUACUGACUUUAUUGGAUGCCAAAUUGUCCCUGCAAUAUUCCGAAAAUUAUGUGUAUGGUCUGGUGACAUUAAAAUACUGGUGUGAUGUAAACCAUGUUUGUAUUUCUUAUCUGCAGGGUGAUGUGGGGCUUGCUAUGGGCAAACUCUAUGGGAACGACUUCAGCCAAACUACUAUCUCCCGCUUUGAAGCCUUGAAUCUUAGCUUUAAAAACAUGUGCAAAUUAAAGCCUCUUCUGGAAAAGUGGCUUAAUGAUGCAGGUACGUCAACUGCAGGCUGUGCGUUUAUUACCCCAAUCCAGUAUUAAAGCAAUAUAGUAUUUUAACUCUUCUGUGCAAAGUGGUGAUCCUGGUACUUUAGGCAUUUUAAGUAAUCUGUAACUUCUCCAAAGGGGCAUUGUCCCUUCCCAGGAUUUUUAAAGGAACAUGCCAAACACACAAACCACUUCAGCUUGGAGUCGGUCUUGCUUGCUUAUUUUGCAGUUUACAAAAGCGCUGCUUUUAGAAAUCUGCACUUUUAUAAAUCUUCCCCAGCUAAUAAAUUAAAACACUGGCUGUUUGAAUACUUGCAUUGGGUUGGGCACCAGGGCACUCCUUGCACCAGGACAGUGCACUGUAGUGAUUGUGGUGCUUGGAGUUUUCAUUAAGAGAUUGUCAUGGUCGGCCGGGUAUGUUUAUGUAUGUAUUUACUAGACAUGGGCACUGACUUGAUUUUAAUAUCAUCUAAAUACAUUCAGACAGAUAAAAAUUAGAUUUGUCCGAACCGAAUUUCCUCUGUUUGUUCAUUCGUUUUGGGAUGAAAUUCGACCAUUUUUUUUUUUUUUUUGUAAUUUCAUUCGGACAAAUGAAAUUCCAAUCCGUGGCCCGUGCUGCAGCUGCUUGCAACCUGUGCAUUUUCCCCUUUAUUGGAUUAUCAAGUACAAAGCAAUAGCUGCCCAGUCACUUUUUUUUUUUUUUUUUUUUAAAUCCUCCCUUAUAAUAAUAUAGGGAUCGUAGUGACCCAUAUUGCCUAAAGGUGGUGAUGGGAUAUAGAGGGAAUUAUGAAGCAUUCUAUUUUUAAGUAUUACAAGGAGGGAGCCGUGAGCUGGUCGCUAUCUUGUAAUAUUGAACAAAAGAACUAAUUGCACAAACGAAAGUACAUUCAACAAGCAAUUCGUUCUUCAUUUUGUAAUUUGUGUUUGUUUUUUGGAUGAAUGGACAAAUAGACGAAGUUCGGAGAAAAACAUGUUUUUCCCAGAACGUAUGCCCAUUUCUAAUAUUUACAUGCUCCAUACACCUUGUUUUUGUGUUUACAUAUCAUUGACUUACGAAGUGGUAAAUUGCUGCUCAGUGGGUUUAAGAUGAAUGUUCUGUAACAAUGCUUUAACCUUCUGUCUUACAGAGAACAUUACAUCGGACUCUGCUCUCACCAGCCAAAGUGUUCUGAGCUCCCCUGGGCAUGGGAUCGAGGGACUUAAUCGCAGGCGAAAGAAACGCACCAGCAUAGAGACCAACAUACGAGUGGCCUUAGAGAAGAGUUUCCUGGAGGCGAGUGGUCCUUUGUAAAUAACAAAGUACAGUAUCGGGGAUUAAUCCCCACACGGAGUUAAGCAAAAUGUUGCAGGAGAUUUUUUUUUUCAUGUGUUUCAAUUCCACACUAAAAUUACUCCCCAACUGGCAUUUCUAUUGGGACGGUCCAUCCUGCAACAAGAAUCGAAAUCAAAGUAAACGGAAGCUUUCUCGUAAAGCAUUUCUUAAUUGUAUGUUUAAAAAAAGCAAUCUUUAUUUUACAUAAUACUAAUAAAAAAACGCUAAUGUAAGCACGUAAAAGAUUGGGUCUACAUUUUAUGAAGACCGAAGUGUUGAAACCUUGAUAAGGCUGACAAACAAAAUGCAGCUGUAGAUGUUUGGACAGUUCGGUUGUUUGUGUUUUUUUGUUUGUUUAUUGUUUUCUUGUUAACUGAAAAUCGCACAGACAAAAUGACAUGUUCUGGAAUUUCUCAGUAAGUCGGAAUAAGGAUUUUAGAUUACAUUCUUGGUUAGAUAUGUUGUCAGUGAAUAGAUGAUCCAGGCAGCCGCUAUUUGAAUCUGUUGGGUUGAUGUUGGGAUGAUUUCAUAUUGAUUGCAUUUUUUAAAGUGGUAUAAUAAUAUCUGUACCGUUUGAAUAACGCUUUACAGAACCAAAAGCCUACCUCGGAGGAGAUCACCAUGAUUGCUGACCAGCUGAACAUGGAAAAGGAGGUGAUCCGUGUUUGGUUUUGUAACCGGCGGCAAAAAGAAAAAAGGAUCAAUCCUCCAAGCAGCUGCGCGUCCAGCACUUCACCUAUUAAAGCAAUGUUCUCCAGUCAGACUCCACUGGUAAGUCGUUGUUCAGGAUAUGCAUUCUGUAAACCCUGCUGUGCUUCCCUCCUAAUAAGUAAAGCUAAAACUCUCCUAGAUCCAAUGCCGAGGCCAAGCUUUUCCUGCAGCCCGAAUCUUCCUUUGCUGACCUCACUCCAGCUUACUGAAUGGGGAGGACCUGUCUGAAGUCAGCACUCACAGCUUGCUGGUACUAGACGCCAUAUUUGCACAGGUUCACAUUAGCCACCCAGAACUUUUGUAUCCGGCUGGCAGCAGAGGGAAUAAACUCUCUAUGUGCUGCAUUUCAUAGCAAAACGCGGCACAUAUAAACUCCACGCACUACGACCACUUCAUCAAGUGCUCGUGGUGUUUGCAUAAACCACUUUGUUUUUAUAUAAUUUGUCUAUAAAUAUAUAUAAGGAAAAAGAAGAGAUUAUGAAGCGCUCUUUUUGUUAAAAGUAACAUGAGUAGACAGACACAUGAUUUUUCAAUGCUUUAAUUGUGGAAGUGUAGAUACAGCAGUAAAAUUCUAAAUAGUCUCUCUGUAAAAAUUCCAAUUUUGUGUCUAGUAAUUCACUACUGAUCGUGUAGUUUGAUGCGUUUUUAAAGGCAAUUUGUUAUGAGUUAUGGUGGGUUUUUCUCAAUUUCUUCAAUAUAAGAACAUGCAUAAAAUUAACACUAUUCCGAAGACAUCUUAUUUAGCAAUGAUGUUAAUUCUGAAAAAUUUGCUUUUUAUAUUUUUUAUUUUCCCGUCUGUGUAAUAGUAUUUGUAUUUUAGUAAUUUCUCUCUGACAUACCAAACAAAUAAACUGUAUAACAUAACAAGGAACCCAGGUUCUAAACAACAUAGUCUUGGAUAGCCCUGGCCCUUUGAAUAUCCUGUUCUGCAGCCUGCGUCUGGGACCUAGUGUUUGCUUACCAGAAUUCUAGAAUUGAAUAAUGGGCUCUGGUUUGUAGGGGGUCUCUGUGACUACCCAUCAUGAAGGCCUGUAGUCUGUCUGGAUACUUCCAGGUGAUGCUUGUUAUACACAGAACCACAGUGUGUGUGCAGUCAUGUAGAUUUCUGUCUCCGUAAUCUGGGUAAAGCGAUAAAACGGAUAUUGUUGUGUUUUAGUUCCUUUUGAGAAUCGUGCUUAAACCUAGAUAUGAUUCCCUUUAUCCUGGUUCCUGAGAUCCAGUAGUGUUUCCCACUGCCAGGUGAUUGGUCAUAGGCUGAAGGAAAGGCUAGGUAACUCAAGCUUUUGACUUAUUUCUGUCAGCAGCACUCUGGUCCACACUUUACAACUAAAUUUAGUUAUUUCAACCAAAUGAGCCCAUCUUAUUUGGUACUGUUUAAUGUCUGCUUUAAAAUCAGUAAUUCUGACACAGAGACCUUAUUUAACAUGUACAUGUAUAUUAAACACCAGAUUUCUACCAGUCUCACUCUAAACAAAUCCAGCAAAUUUGCUAAAUACAUUAACGCUUGUGCAGGGGAACCUGUAGAAGUCCUCAAUAUUUGCCCCUGGCAGGAAAAAUUAAAAUAAAUUAUUGGACCUCUAUUGAGUUAACUCUUCCCAGGCAUAAACUAUAAAAUAUUGAUAAUUACAAUUUUUGUGUUGGCUGCCUGCAAAUUCAGAACUACAAAGAAUUCCUUUUUGGUUCCAUGUUUCAUUGAUUCGCUCCAUGUUUCCAAGAUUUCAGCCAUUCAGUAGGAUCUGGACAAUUUGAGAUCCAGUGAACAUUUAAGUUUAUUCUGCAAUUGUACUGCAAGAACCAGACAUGGUUACAUUUUGUGAACAAUGUCAGGAUUUUAGCGUCUGAAUGCUCUUAAUUUUUUAUUUAUUUAUUUUUACAUUUUUUUUUUUUUUUUGCUAUUCCGGAAUGAUGGGCAUUAGAACGUCCGUGACUAACCCUGUACCAAGUACUUUGUCACAUGUUCAAUAAAGUGAGGUAGAGAAAACAAGAUAUUGGCUUGCAAUUUACAAGUUUACAAUACAAAAUGCAGUACUGCAGGUGAGAUCCACAUACCAGAUGAAAUACUUGCAAAAAGCAGGCUACUUCAUUAGUGAGAUUCAUCCCUUUCCAGCAAAACAGAUGGUAACAGUCUAAUACGUAUCCUUCACAAGACAAUCUGUCAGUAGAUAUGGAGGAAGCUCUCAGAAGUUUCCAUAGAGGAGUGCUGCCUAUAUGCAUACAAUCUGAAGCUUUGAUGGGCCUGACAGUAUACUUUAAAUGUACAGAAAAUUGUGAUGCAUUGAGUUAUACUGUUGAUAUACUCUAUAUCUGUGUCUCUGCAGCUGAGCUACAUCCCAGAUAGUCUGUGCCCUCCAGGUGACAGUGAUUUCUCUUUUGAUUUUUAGAUGGCCAGUACGCCAAGCCUUGUGACAAGUAGUACAUCCACUACAUUGACUGUAAACCCAGUGAUCCCUCUCACUAGUGCUGCUGCUGUAACCAGCUUUCCUGCCCUUGGUAAGUCGGAAAAGGUUUUGCCACAUAUUGUAAAGCUUUAGAGCAGUGUUUCUCUCUGCUUGACUACUUAUUACAUUUAUCAUGUUUCUCAGUGAACAUUUAUUGACACUAGUGGUGUUUUUGAACUUUAACCCCUUAAGGACCAAACUUCUGGAAUAAAAUGGAAUCAUGACAUGUCAGACAUGUCAUGUGUCCUUAAGGGGUUAAUAGGGACCCAAAUUUAGUCCAUGGGAUGAUGUAUGUGAAAGAGAUUGGCAUCUACCUGCCAUCCAAACACCCGCUGGGCCAGUCACUAAGCUUCCAGUUUUUGCAAAUUAAAUCUGAAUGAAAAAACGAAGGCACAUAUAGCUGGUCUGGAAUUUCUCAAACUCAGCCGUAAUCGCAGCUUUACCAUUUGGAUUUAUUUUGCAAAAAAAAAAAUCUGAGUUUAGUGAAUAAUCUAGUUUCAUUGUUAAUACAAUUUUAUUUUAGUAAAUUCCUCCAGAUUUCACUGAAAUUUUAACUUCAGAAGACUGACCGAUUGGUAGUAGCAGGAGAAAAAGAAUUGAAACAAAACACUUUGCAGAAAAAUUUAUAAAUCUGUUGCACUGACAACAAAAUGGUUAGAGUACCAAAAAGUAACAGAUGAAAAUUUCAGGCAGACUUAAUAUGGUGUGCCAAAAAUUAGAACACAAAGUGUUAACACUGUCUGUUUCUAAACAGGCGAAUAGUACCAAAUAUUUGGACUCCUAGCCUGAGUUUGUUUUCAAGUGUCCUGUAUGUGACGACAUAAUGAUUAUAUUCAGGGCCGGUGCAAGGGUUUCUGCCGCCCUAGGCAAAGAUCCAUAUUGCCGUCCCCUCAUGUCACUUACUGACGGGCACGCGCUCACUGACGGGCACACAGGCACGUGCUCACUGACUGGCACAUGCUGCCACUUGCGCUCACUGACACAGACUUGGACAUCCAGCCUUCCUACCACCCCUGGGUUCCAGUGUGGGGCAGCUCCUCACUCCUCCAGCGUGCUGUUCAGUAUGCCGGGGGCUGAAAUGUCAUAUUCAGACUCCCGUCAUUAGAGGGCGUGCGAGGGAGGAGUGGGAAGCUGCAAGAAUAGCCUCCCUUGCCGUCUGCCUCCUCCGUCCGCCUCUCCUCCGGACGGUCACCGGCAUUUGUUGGCAGAGCAGAUACCUGCCAUCAAGGUAAGCAGGUGCCUGCUCUGCCUUACCUAGCACUGCCUCGGGGGUGCCCUGACAUGACCAGAUGGCCACCUCCUGGGCCCCCUGUGACAGGGCUUCUCUGGGCCCCCCCAUUUUUGGGUGCCUUGAGGAUCGGCCCGGUGUUGGGGGGCGCUCAAGAGCUGCUUGCCUAGCGCUGCGGACCCAGACAGGGGGAGCCCACCAGUAAAUAUCCCAGUGGGCGCCCCCAGCAGGCUGGCGUCCUAGACGAAUGCCUAAUUUGCCGAAUGGUGGCGCCGGCCCUGAUUAUAUUGCACAAAACAAACAAGGUAGGAAUUGUCAUGCAGUUUCCAUGCUGACCAACAUUUUGGCUUUCUGUUUAUUGGCAGAUACUUCAUGCUCAUUUUGGGUAAUAUUUUAAAUGUUGGAUGAGAUCCUUGUAAAACAAAAAACACCUUUUAUUUAGCUAAAAUUGCACCUUUCAUUUCAGGCACAACAGUAACACCUUCAGCCAACACGGCAACUGUGAUAUCUACAGCUCCCCCUGUGUCCUCUGUCCUGACAUCAUCGCUGAACCCCUCCCCAUCAGCCCCUGCAACCGCUUCAGAAGCAUCUACCGCUAGUGAGACAACGACGACGCACACCACCUCUACUCCACAGACCUCACCAUUGAAUGCUGGCCAGGUGAUGGUAACAGCAUCUGGAAUCCACACGGCAGCCCCCACGGCGCUACAGGGUGCAGCACAGCUGCCUUCCAAUGCCAGCCUUGCUGCCAUGGCUGCUGCCGCAGGUUUCAACCCUGGGCUGAUGGCUUCCUCACAGUUUGCUGCUGGGUAAGUAAUCAUUAGCAACAUUAGGCCAAGAUCAAGACUAUUCUUUAAAGGGUUACUCCAACCAAAAACAUUUUUCUAUAAAAUACGUUUUUUGUUUAGAGUAACUUUUGCUACAUUGGUUACCCCCUCCUGCCAAUAAAGGUAAAUAAAACUUGCCACUGUUUCAGUGCCAAUGCCAAGUUCUCUCUGCAGCCUGAUCACUUGAGGGGCGGGAUGUCAGGGAGGGUAGGCUGAAGGGAGAAAAGUAUAUCAUAAAGAGGGUGCAGACAAUUGCCUAAUAAAUUGUGAAAAACACAUGUCCCUUCCUAUUACUACCACCACAAGAAAAAAUUAACAUUUGACCAACUGAUAAGGCAGGGAGUGAAUCCCUUUAAAAAGGCAGAAUAUUAAAAGGUACAGCCACUCAGAUAACCAAUGAUAGAAAAGGAGAAAAAUAUAACAGAUGUAGGCUAAAGGUAGGGCAUGAGCGGCAGUCUGUGCUAAUGAGCUCUUGUUCUACUUCAAAUCAAGUGGUCAUGGUGCUCGGUGUAACCAUUUUAGUCCUAUUGUAGCAAAUUCACAUUGGAAGCUCUUGAUUGUGGAAUUGUGGAAACUUACCGGGCAAUUUUAGUGAGUGUUUUUAGUUUAUUCAAUGGUUUUGGCCAAAUGGCAACAGCACAUUUCUGGAAACUACACCACUAAAUAAAUAAUUGAAAAUCUGUUUUAAUUUGUGUUAACGAUUAUGUCCUAUGAUGUGCUGCUUACUUUUAAAUGUUUAUAAAAGAGGAAAUAUCACUUCUGCCCUUUUAUCCCAUCCAAAUGGCCAUCUAAAAUUUAGGUACCUGUUCGGAGUUUUUUAGGGUUUUUUUUGGACUACUUUUAUCUUAGCUUGCAUACUUUGCUGGCCAUGGCUAAGCAAAUAUGUAAAUUAGUUGACUCUCGCUGUGCCAUGCACAGACACAUGAAAGUAAUGAGAUAGUGACAUUGGAAUGGGGAAGGACAGCAGCGGCAAGUACUUUAAAAAAAAUAAAAAUUCUCCUUUUUCUUCCACCCCAGUGAACACUGAAAUAGAAUUUAUUGGAGUGAAGCAACAAAGAACUGUCCUUUCUAUUGACAAUUCCUCUUUAAAUAUUUCCGUUCUUCUUCUUUCUCUAUCUUGAAUUAUAUGUGCAAAGGGCAGAACUUAUAAUGUAUAAUAAAAUAAAUACAGGAAGUGAUGGUUAAACUCUUUCCAGCCUCUAGUUUUUGUUUAGCCAGCAGAACAUGUCUUAAUGUCUGUAUACCGUUACAGGUUUCUACUUCCGAAAGGGAUAACUUUCCCCUAUGUGGAAGUUACUUUAGUUACUUUAGUUUUAUCCCCAUAACAGGAUCUAGUCACAUUUGUCACACGAGAAAUACCUUAACUCUAAAGAAGGUGAUUUGGUGAAGUUCCCAAACAGUGUCAAAAUAUUUCCCCCAUAUUUUUAAGGGCAUGUCGAAUUGUUGUUGUUGUUUUUUUGUUUUGUGUUUUGUGCUGGGGCUAUUCUCCUUUAUGGAAAUAUAUGUAAAUGGGUCAAUUUUGUAUUUUUUCAGCUCCAGACAGCUUUGCCCUGUCAAGGGCGGCUUGAAGCCGGGCCUAGCUUUGUACCCAGAGAUCUGGGAUUUUCAGUUGGGUGCCGCGAAUUCUAUAGGAAGUAUGAGGUCAGCAGAAUUAUCGAAGUGAUCAGCAGCUGAAUUAAUACAAAUGAUUUUAAAGUGUGCACAUGUCCCCUCAGUAUAGUCUGCCUUGGCAAAUCAUUGACUCUGUUAUUUUGCAGGAAUUUAACCAUUAAAGGGACACUCCACUGCCCAAAUGCAAAGAAGAAUAAACUAAUUUUUCAUUGUGGUAUAUCCAGAAACUGCUUGCCACAACUGCAGAUCUCUUGUUUGCCAGACCUCCCCUUCUAACUCCGCCCAGACUUUCUGUGGCUGUCCAAUCACAGACUUCCCAAUGCAGCUCAAUGAGAAGUCUUUGCAAGACUGGUGUUUUGGGCAAUUGCUGCUUCUUGAGUAUAGCUCCCCUGACAGCCAGGGGGUAUAACUAGGUUCAUUUAUUAAGGUGUCAAUUUAUGUUGAAACCUGCUAAUUUUGUAACUGACAGCUGACACUCCUCACACACAAAACAUUUGAGCAAAAUUAAAUGCUUUCUAGAGUGACCCUUUGAAUGCCUCACUAUUGAGCGACACACUACAUACUGCUUUUAACCAUGAAGUUAUAUCAUUGGUGAUAUUUACUGCACUCGUGUUACCGACUGUCCUGAAAUGACUGUGUUUGUUUUACAGAGGUGCCUUAUUCAGUCUCAACCCCGGGACACUGGGCAGUGCUUUGAGUCCGGCUCUCAUGAGUAACAGUACACUGGCAACAAUUCAAGGUCAGUGAAAUCUUACUUAUUUGUUAAUUUUUGUUUAGUAUUUUGAAUGGCUGAAAUCAACCAGGAAAUGCACCCAAGAAGAUGAACUCACUAAUGUGUGAGUUGUUGAGAAUUUAAAGAAAGCGUGGACCCUUGUCAAACUGUAUUAAAAAGGUUUGGCUUCUUAAUGUGGGGCAGUGCCAGAACACUUCAGCUAUUACAAUGACUUGUAGUGGUUAUGGUGCUUGGUGUGUUGCUAUAAAUUCCUGAAAAUUCACACUUUAGUAAAUAACAACGAAAGGGUUAAAUAAAAUGUCCAUGAAAAUAAAUUAUCUGCAUGAAAUUUUUUUUUAUAUUGUAUAUUGCUGGAUUGGUGCCUUGUAAUGUUUAGUGUGUUUAAAACUGGAGGUGUUUUUUUUUAUUUUUUUUAUCCUCUUAUCACAACUUCUAAUUCUCUCUAUGAAGAGCAUUGGUGGACCAAGGGUACUGCUUUACCUUAAAAUACAUUUACCCUGACAAUUUCUGAACCAAAACAAAACCUAGAAUUGUACUACAUGCCUGUUCAACCAUAAUUUACGGAUUUCAUACCCACUCUUGUAUAUUUUGUUUGGUAGAAGUAUGGCUUUCUUAGAACACCAAUAUUUAUAUAUGAAAUAUAAAAUAGAUCAAAUCCAAAAAAAGAGUGGGAAAUAAUACUGUUAAAUUUACUGCUCUAAAACACGUGUUCAGGGAUACAACAGUAGCCCCCAUGUACAGGUUUUAUGGGGUUUUGGAAAGUUACAGGGUCAAAUAUAGGGCUUGCAAAUUAAAUUCUCUGCACUUUCUGCCUGAGUUGUCCAGAAGAUUCCCCCAAUAUAUCCUUAAUAAAAGCACAUAAUUAUGUUAAAAUAAUACAUAAAUAUUAAUGUGUAGAAUAAAAAUUGUAUAUAUUAAUGUGUGCAUGUAGGUGUGUGUGUGUGUGUGUAGGUGUGUGUGUGUGUAUAUAUAUAUAUAUAUAUGUGUGUAUAUAUAUAUAUAUAUAUAUAUGUGUGUGUAUAUAUAUAUAUAUAUAUAUAUAUAUAUAUAUAUAUAUUUCAUGUUUCCCCUUAUUCUAAGUGUAUUUCCUAAACACUUCCUGUAAAGUGAGAUCUAAUAUAUAUUUUCUUUAUUGCACAUUGUUUCAUUUAGAAUUUAUCUCAUGCACUCUUGUUUGCUAGACCUUGCAGGAGCCUCCUGUCUGUGAUUAAAACGUUUUUAAUUUAUAGAGCAGGAGAUUAAAACUUAAAGGACCACUAUAGGCACCCAGACCACUUCAGCUUACUGAAGUGGCCUGGGUGCCAGGUCCAUCUAGGGUUAACCCUGCCUGCUGUAAACAGCAGUUUCAGAGAAACUGAUAUGUUUACAUAUGGGUUAAUCCAGCCCCUAGUGGCUGUCUCAUUGACAGCUGCUAGAGGCGCUUACGCGCUUCUCACUGGGAUUUUCAUAGUGAGAAGACGCCAGUCUAUAGGAAAGCAUUGAAAAUGCUUUCCUAUGGACGGACUGACUGCGCACGCGGCUCUUGCUGCGCAUGCGCAUUCAGCUGAUAACGUCCAAAGGAGGAGGAGAGUCCCCAGCGCUGAGGGAGCCCGGCGCUGGAGAAAGGUAAGUAUUUAACCCCUUCCUCCCACUUCAGCCCGGCGGUAGGAGGGCCAUGAGGGUUGGUGCACCCUCAGGGCACUAUAGUGCCAGGAAAAAGUUUGUUUUAAUGGCACUAUAGUGGUCCUUUAAGUUCAUCUGAUUGAAAAUGUAACCAUUUUUCCCCCAUGCAGUCUGUGUCACAGCCAGGGAAGGAAGGCCAGGAUAGCAUGGACAAAACCAAAUGUGAUUUCACUCCUAAAUAGCAGAGAAUCGAGCAGUGAGACUUCAGACGCAUGAUCUAUACACAAAAACUGCUUUAUUAACCCCUUAACGACCGAGGACGGUCAUCGGCAUUUUUGUGUUGCCGACCAAUGACGGUCCUGAACCGUCCUAACGGUCUGAGUUACUUACCUGAUCGCCGUCGUUCCCCCGGCGGCGAUCAGCGGUGCUCCCGUUGUGGGGAGACUGCCUGCAGCCCAGACAGUCUCCCCACACUGAAUUAGGACCCCUGUGGCCAUGUGAUCGCUCAACACAGCGUUCACAUGGUCACAAUAGGUGUCCAUUUGUCUGCCUGCAGGGGGACUGUCUGUGCUGACAGGCAGUCUCCCUGCUAGUGUAAAAUCAUAAAAAAAAAAUAAUAAAGUUAGUGUUUAUAAAAAAAAUAAUAAUUAUAUAUGUGUAUAUAAAUAUGAUAUAUAGACAUAUAUAUCUAUAUAAUAUGUCUAUAUAUCAUAUAUAUAAUGCCAUACUAAGUGUAUUUUUAUAUUAUGUGCUUAUAUUAAUAUAAAAAUACACUUAUAAUUAAAUUACACACGUGUAUAUAUAAUAUAUAUAAUUAUAUAUAUUUAUAUAUUAUAAAAUAUAAAUAAGUAAUUUAAAUUAAAUAAAUUUUUAAAAUAAUAAAAAAAUUAAAAAAUUAUAUCUAUGAAAUUUUAUUCUAACUGUAUUUUAAAAUGUGUGUGUGUGUGUGUGUGUGUGUGUGUAUAUAUAUAUAUAUAUAUAUAUAUAUCUAUGUAUAUAUAUAUAUCUAUGUAUAUAUAAAUAAAAAUAAUACGAAAUAUACAUAUGUCCAUAUACAAAAUUACAUAAAUAAUUAUAUAAAUAUACACGUAGACUUCAAAUAUAUAAAUAUGCAUAUAUAUUUAAAUUCUACGUGCAUAUUGAUGUAAUAUUUUAACAUAACUCAGUAAUUUUUAUUGAUUGCAAUUUGAGGGACCUGCCUGCCAACCCAGGCCGAAAUUCCAGAGAAUUUAAUUUGCUAGCACUGUAUUUUACCCUGUAACGUUCUACAUGGGGGGUACUGUUUUACUCGGGAGACUUCGCUGAACACAAAUAUUAUUGAUUCAAAACAGUAAAACAUAUCACAGCGAUGAUAUUGUCAGUGAAAGUGACUUUUUUUGCAUUUUUCACACACAAACAGCAUUUUUACUGAUGAUAUAAUUGUUGUGAUACGUUUUCCAGUUUUUAAACACUAAUAUUUGUGUUCAGCGAUGUCUCCCGAGUAAAACAGUAACCCCCAUGUACAGGUUUUAUAGCAUUUUUGAAAGUUACAAGGUCAAAUAUAUGGGUCAAAUAUUUUACAUUGAAAAUGGCCAGGUUGGUUACGUUGCCUUUGAGAGCGUAUGGUAGCCCAGGAAUGAGAAUUACCCCCAUGAUGGCAUACCAUUUGCAAAAGAAGACAACCCAAGGUAUUGCAAAUGGGGUAUGUCCAGUCUUUUUUAGUAACCACUUGGUCACAAACACUGGCCAAAAUUAGCGUUCAAUUUAGUUUUUUUACUUUUUCACACACAAACAAAUAUGAAUGCUUACUUUGGCCAGUGUUUUCGACUAAGUGGCUACUAAAAAAGACUGGACAUACCCCAUAUUGAAUACCCUGGGUUGUCUACUUUAAAAAAAAUAUGUACAUGUGGGGUGUUAUUCAGAGAUUUAUGACAGAUAAUAGUGUUACAAUGUCACUAUUGAUAAAUUUUAAAAAUGUAUGUUUUGAAACCGCAAUAUCCUAUUUGUACCUAUAACCCUAUAACAUGCAAAAAAAAGCACGUAAACACUGGGUAUUUAUAAACUCAGGGCAAAAUUUAGAAUCUAUUUAGCAGUUUUUUUCAUUCGCUUUUGUAGAUGAGUAAAAGAUUUUUCAAGUAAAAGUAAAAAACAUGUAUUUUUUAAAAUUUUUCAUCAUAUUUUUUUUAUUUUUUUAAAAUUAAAAUACAUGAGAUUAUAUAAAUAAUGGUAUGUAAAGAAAGCCCAUUUUGUCCUGAAAAAAAAAAUAUAUAAUUUGUAUGGGAACAGUAAAUGAGAGAGUGGAAAAUUACAGCCAAACACAAACACCACAAAAGUGUAAAAAUAUGCCUGGUCGCAAAUGUACAACAUCGCAAAAACAGUCCAGUCCUUAAGGGGUUAAGCAAAAGUUGUUUUGCUUACGAUAGUGUCCCCAUAGGAAAGCAUUAAUUCUAUGCUUUCCUAUAAGGAGGAUUGGAUUAGACAUCAGUGGAAGAGGCUAUGGCCUCCUCCAUUAUGUCAUAGAAGGAGGAGAGGUAAACCACGCUUAGUGCUCCUCUGCGCUGAAAACUCAAGGUAAACAUAUUUAUUUUUUAAUGUACAUGGGGGAAGGGUGUCUUAAAACGUGUAGGGACAGGGACACUAUAGUGUUGGGAAUCCAGAUUUAUAUUCCAAACACUAUAGAGUUCCUUUAAAGGUAAAAAUUAUUCAUCAGUAUUAAUGUGUUUUUUUGUUUGUUUGUUUUUUGUUUGUUUUUUAUCCAUGUCUAGCUCUUGCAUCUAGUGGAUCUCUUCCAAUAACCUCGCUAGAUGCAAGUGGGAAUCUGGUUUUUGCCAAUGCUGGAGGGACUCCUAACAUUGUGACUGCACCCUUAUUCCUCAAUCCACAAAACCUCUCACUGCUCACCAGCAACCCUGUUAGCUUGGUCUCUGCAGCCUCCACUGGAGCCACUGGACCCAUCACAAGCCUUCAUGCUACCACCUCUGCAAUUGAAUCCAUCCAGAACUCUCUCUUCACUGUGGCUUCAGCCAGUGGAGCAGCAUCUACCACCACUUCGGGAUCCAAGGCACAGUGAGUUGAACUGAGACACACUGGCUCCAGCCGGAUCACGGCUGCCAUGUAGCUUUCUGCGACUGAUCAACUAAAGAAAGUAAAUCUGCGUGAUCUGUCUGCCUCUUGAGGAAAAGGAAAGAGGGGAGAAGGUGUAAAAUGACGAGAACAAAUAAC